AGCACGUCUUUUGUGUCUCAACUUGUGUUGUGUCAAGCAUGGUGCUCUGAGCAUAACAGUGUUGCUGUGACAGUCAAUACCUGAUUGUUUUGUGGUUACUCGCGCGUCUGGCAGCCAGCGAGGCGAUUUUCCACACGGUUGGUGGCACCACAGGUGGAACUUGGCCACCACAAUAUGCCGUAUUUUGCUGUUAUGGAUGAAUGUCAGCAGUGUAUGUGUAGGUGUACUCCUGGUGUGGAGUGUCAGGAAUGUGAGGGUAGUUGUAGAUAUGCGGUAGGAGGAUGAGGUUAGCUGGGAGAGUCAUUGUUGUGGGGUUGAAAGAAGCGGCGGCGGCGGUUAUGGGUGGGUGUGGGGCCACCCAGGAACCUCUGAUGGUGGGGUGGUGAAGGCGUCCUGUGGUGGGCCGGCCAGGCACAGUGUGACCCCGCCGGUGUUGACGAGAGCACGCUACCAGUCGUGCCACCCGCCACACACACACACAGGCUUUACAUUCGUAUGAGCCACCUUCAUACGAGUGAUACACCUGAAUUCUGAUGGCUGACAAAAGUCCUGGAAAGUCGCCACCCUCCGGGGAGGGUGGCGAUCGUAGUCGACCUGACAAACACAAGCGCUCACUCCUCAACAGGGUGUCCUUCUUCGAGCAGGUUUGGUGGGGACGAAACAGGUCGCCUUCACUAGAGAGGAAGGGGUCACCUUCGAGUGAGCGCAGAUCCCCUUCAGUAGAGCGUGGCGAAGAAGCCUUCGCUGACGAUGCUGAUUCAAGUCCUGGGAAGGAGAAGCGGCUUCGGCGGGAGAGUAGCAGCCCGGUCAGGGAGACGCCCCUGCCUCAGAGUCGCCCCUCAGCUAAGAGUGACGAGGAGUGGGAGUGGGUGGAGGACGAGACCACCUCCACCUUGGCUGAAGACAUCGAGCGUCGCCUCGAGGAGAGGCGAAGAAUAAGAUCUGGCAGCAUGACGCCGACGCGGGAAUGGGCACAGCUCCGACGGGGCAGCAGUGACGACAAGACCUCUGGUGAGCAGAGGACCUCAACUCCAGAGCCUUGGGAGUCUGCGUACUCCGCUAAGGACGGAUCUCUGGCCGAGGAAAUAGAGCGCCGGUUGGAGCACCACCGUCAGGAGGUGCUGCAGAAGCUGUCAUCACCAGUGAAAGAGUGGCCGCAGCUGCGUCGGUCCCCCGGGCAACACUCCAGCCGCGGCACCACACCAGAGAGAGCGACGCCUGACCUUGCCACUAGCAUCACCAGCAGAGGCCGCACCUCCAGCGGUGACCACAGCAGGAACCGCGAGAGAAGUGUUUCCCCUGAUGAUCGCACCAUAGUGACCAGCGCCGAGCAUCGAAGUGGUACCUCCACCGCCGUCACUACCACACACACCACCACCGUCUGGGAGACACAAAGUGGUAAACCUCACAUAGAAACACGCACUACUACUGAACUUCAAAAGGACGACCCUGGCAGUGUUGUGAUUCGUCGUACUGUUGAUCAAAGCAUCACGACGCCCUCACCAGAAUACAGUGAGCAAGAGGUGUUGUCGCCACGACUCUCAAGUCCGACACCAGACGCCGAGCAGCAGUCUCGCGAUACUCGCAGUAGAACGCCCAUGGGAUCUAAGUCAAGAUUACGCUCACGAACUCCCUCAAUUGAACGAAUCCUGGAAAUAGAAGAAGAAACGACGGCUGUGUCUGUAGCUUCGUCCACAGAUCCGCCAGUCGUAGAGGUCAUGGACCACUCUCAGGAGAGGCGCACUGGCUGCGAGUCCUCUGAACACGCCCCAGACAAAGCUCAGGGCGUAGACCAGAGUGCCAAAGAGCCUGGCAGUGACUCCAAGAGCCCCAAGACUGGCCUGUCGGUGGAGACUGUGAGCAUGGUGCAGUGGGAAGGUGGAGUGUCCAAGGGUGAUGAGCGACGGGUCACCACCAAAUUUUCUCUUCGUGACAGAGACCCGUCAUACACAAAGUACGUGCUCACCUCCCGCACCACCUCCAGGGACUCCCUCUUCUCCACCCCCAGCAGUGACGACGCCCACAGCUGGGAUGGCAGAGCCCCCGCCUGGGCCUCGCGCGUUGCCCACCAUCAAGAAGACGAGGAGGAUCAUGCCCCCAGCAAGUUCCGCCUCAGGUCUCACCAAUAUCAAGAACACAUCUCCACUUUGAAAGAUGAGCAGGAGAGAGUGCAGAAGAAAACCUUCAUGAACUGGAUAAACGCUCAUUUAGCUCGGCACGUUCCACCACUGAAGCUGAAUGAGCUGAUUGAGGACCUGAAGGAUGGCACUGCGCUGCUGGCCCUGCUGGAGGUGCUGUCGGGGGAGAAACUGCCCAUUGAGAAGGGUCGUGUCCUCCGUCGACCUCACUUCCUCAGCAAUGCCAACACUGCCUUACAGUUCCUGCAGAGUAAAAGGAUCAAGUUGGUGAACAUCAACUCAACGGACCUGGUGGACGGGCGACCCUCCGUGGUGCUGGGGCUGAUAUGGACCAUCAUCCUGUACUUCCAGAUCGAGGAGAAUACCCGUCAGCUGGAGCGCCUAAGUCAGCUGAUGGAGCAGGAGGGUGGAUUAAGAAGUGAUUCACCCUUCUCAGUGGGAUCAGCAUCAGAAGGGUGCACCAUAUCUCGCGACAGACCCCCUUCAGUAACCCGACGCUCGGCUGCUGCUGAGAAGUGGAAGCUGGGUGCCAAGAAAGCACUCCUCGAGUGGGUUCGACAGACCAUCACCAAGAAAUAUGGCAUAAUAGUGAAUGAUUUUGGAUGUAGUUGGCGUGAUGGCACAGCAUUUGUUGCUCUCAUACAAUGCAUCAACCCACGACUAAUUAAUUUACAGGCAAUGAAUCAGAUGACAAACAAAGCUCGCUUAGAGGCUGCCUUCCGUAUUGCUGAAAAGGGUCUGGGCAUCCCUCACUUGUUGGAUUCUGAAGAUGUGGAUGUUGAUAAACCUGAUGAAAAGUCCAUUAUGACUUAUGUGGCUGCAUUCCUUAAUAAAUUCCCAGAGCCGGGUACCACCUCAGUCCCACCAUGCACUAGUCCAACGUUGGAAGCUGCAUCAGCAGGGGACAUGUUCAGUGAGAUAGAGAUGGAAUAUUCAGAGCUCACAACUUGGCUUUCUCACACAUCCAAUUGGCUUGACACCCUGCAUGAUCCUGCAACACAUGGCAACAUCAACUAUGAGAGAUUCAAAGCCCUCAAAUCCGAAGCAGAUGAAAAGACAGUGAUCUACGAGAAGCUGAAGAGUUUGGUGGAGUCUCAGUCAUCGAUGAUAUCCAUCACAGUUGAUUCCUGGUCUGACAUCACUGCUUCUUGGGAUAAGGUAUCACUUCAGAUGUCACACUGGACAUGGCUCUUAGAUGCAUCUCUGCCAGGUGCACUUGGACCUAUUGGCGAGUGGCUGAGUCGUGCUGAGGCUAUGCUGGGCACUGAAGACAAACUUUAUGGAAAGAAUGAUGAGAUUGCCAGCCUGUUAAGCAAGAAGAUAGAAGAACACAAAGUAUUCUUCGCAGAGUUACCAUCAAUCACAGCCAAGUUCGACCUAGUGAAAAACUCCUCAGAUGCAUCCUCUAUUCCACAACAGCAGCUUGAGUACAUGGAGCUGAGACUGAAAACUAUUGCUCCUCGUGCCUUACAGAGGAAGAUCAAACUCAAGUACCUAGAACACAGAUACUGCCUUGUAGCAUUCCUAAUUUUAGUGGAAGCAAAACUGAAGACUUGGGCAGUAAAAUAUGGCAAAGAACAAGAAGUCCAACAAAUUCUUGCAGAAUAUCGAUCCUUUGUUGGCACUCGAAAUAUUUUCCAAGAGUUCGAUCGAGCCUUCCACGAAAUGCAACAAGUCUCUGAAGCAUAUAAGAAAGAUUCCAAUCUAAGCAAAGCUGAGAGUGAUGGCAUUGCCAAAUUUUUGCUGGAGAUGAAUGAGCGUUGGAAGAAUGUUUCUGUGGAGCUGAGGUGUAUUCAGAGUUUGCUGGAAGAAGUCAUCACUUACUGGAAAAAGUUUGUGGAGCUUACACAGCAGUUUGAAGCCUGGCUGGACCAUGCCUUAGCCAUGGUCAGCCUCUCUGAAGAAGAUAAAAUGGAUUAUUUUCAGGACUUGGGAGAAUGGAAGGAGAGACACAGUGAGAUGAACGAGACUGGUAAUUUCCUGGCUGCAACAUGUCGGCCAGAGGUAGCUCAAGAGAUUCGGGAGAAGCUCAUCACAGUUAAUACCAAGUGGGAUGAACUGUUCCAGGUAUGUCACAUCUCUCUACUUUAUUUUUAUGCCUUCAGCACAUUUUUCUUGUGCUCUAAAAAAAAAUUGAACACUGAAAUUGAAGAUAUGGAGCAGCUCUUCAAGAACAUUUCUAAGGCCUUCCAGACUCUUGUUCAAGAUUUAUCACCUGAUGAGAUUGAGAGAAUGAUGUGGUCUCUCAAACAAGAGAAGGAAGAGCUAGUUAGAUACCGAGCAAUCAUUCCUCAAAAGAUGUAUCUUACAACACAAAUUAUCACACAGUUGGAGGCAGUGGACAGUGGAAUUAUUGAAAUCAACCGUUGGCUGGAUGAAGCGGAGAGUCUUUUAGACUCCUUUACACUUCAUGGAACUAACGAAUAUAUGCAGGACCAGCUUACCAGACAUAAAAGUGAAGAGCCUGAGUCACAAUUUUCCUUCAUCGCCGUCAAUGAGACAGCAAGAAAUCAACUAGAGAAACAUAGGGCCUUCUUCUCCCGUCAACUGUACUACAAAUCAAUGCUUGACACUAAAAAUCGAGUAUAUCAAAACCUUCUUCGGACAACAAAUGGAGGUGAAAAUCUCAAUGUUCAGGAUCUGCAAGAAAAGAUAAAUAAUCUUAAUGAUAGGUUCUCCAGAGUGACUUCUGCAUCUGUAACGUGGGAAACUCGAAUGAGUGAGAGCAUUCGAUGUUGGCAGAGCUUCAAAGAGUGUGAAGCGGAAGUCACGGAAUGGAUAACCAGUGCAGAGAAAUUAUUCCAAGAGAAAGCCAUCACAACUAAGAGCUACCUGGAAACUCACAAGGACUUUUUCAUCAAUGCUCCUGAGCACCUGCUCCUCAAGGUAAUUGCCACAGGACAAGACUUGCAGAAGUACAUAGCUGAGUCUGAGCAGGAUGCCAUUAAUGUAGCUAUCAAAAGUAUACAGAACCGAUGGGAUGAUGUAAUGUGUCACGCUCCACUACAUCUGCUCAAGUUGGAGUUUCGCCUUGACGAAAAUACUUUCCAAAUGUAUGUACGUGAUAUUGAGAAGGAAUUAGCAGGUGAACAAAAUGCAUACAAUAAAAAUGAGAAUGUUGAAGCCAUUAGACGAAAGCAUGAGGAGUUCUUUGCUGAAGAGUUGGUGUCACGCAUAGAAGAAAUUUUAGACAAUAUGGAUGUAUCGAGCCAUGAGUAUGGCAAAAAGAAAAAUGAUGAAGGACUUAUAGAUGACUGUCAGCGAUGUACAGCACAGUGGUUGGAGUUGCAGACUCGUAUUGGUACUAUGGCCUCGCAGCUAGACCAGAUCCCUGAACGCUGGAGGGAAUAUGAGACCAAAGUUGAAGAAACAGUGUUGUGGAUGGAUGGUGUCAAUGAUUGUCUAAAGGAAGUAAACCGAGAAACAUCCAGAGCUGAAGAUUAUGAAAAAUUGAAGGACAAAUUUGUGGCUAUGUGCGGUGACAUGGAGUCUCGUCGAGAAUCAAUGAAGUGUCUGGUUCAGAUGCUAGAUUCUUUAAUAACACAUAUCCCUGAGGAGGAUGGCCAGUAUGAACAACAGAAAUUAGAGUCUCUCAUUGCUCGCUAUAAGGCUCUUGUUCCCACCAUUGAAUCAGCCCUCAUUCGUGCAGAAACCUACACUAAAUGUUACCAUUAUCGUGAAGAUAUUGACAAUGUUGUUGCAAUACUAGAAAAUGUUAGAAAACAGAGUGAGAAGGACACUCAACCAGAAAACCUUGAGGCAAUCACUCAUUUGAUUCAAGAACAAGAAAAAAUAGUACAACAGCUGGAAAACCAAAGGGACAAUAUUUUUUCCACAAUUCAGAGAGGCAAAGACCUUUCAAGGGACCAGAAUGCACCAAUCUUUGUCAAUGCCAUGCUGCAGACACUAGAGGGCAAGUGGAAUGAAGCCUACAAUGGUUCUGUUGAUAAAUUAAAUAAACUUAAAAAUACACAGAAAGUUUGGUCUGAUUACACUGACCAGAAGAAUGAAAUUUUAAAACUAAUUGCUCAGGCUGAAUCAGAGCUCUCAAAUAUUAUUUCCCAUAACAAUCCUCAACAAGUUGCAAAUGAAUUGAGUAAUAAACAAGAAAUGAACGAACAUCUUAAUGAAACAACUGAUCAGAUGCUUCGUAAAUUGCACAGCCAUUCAAGUAAUCUUGCAAAACUUGCUAAUCCAGAGAAAAAGCCAUUACUUGAGAAAGAAGUUGUUGAAAUUGAGCAGCGCAUGCAGACAGUUAUAGACACUGUUUCUGAAAAGAUUGAACUCUUGGAGCAAUUAAAUGUUAAAUGGGUUCAUUUUACUGGUACCUUACAAGAGUUGAAGUCAUGGCUAAUUAAUGCUCAGAAUGUAUUAGAGCGACUUGUUACACUUGAAAUGUCCCCAGAAGAUCGAGAUGCUCAAACAAAAGAGCUCAAAGGGAAGAUCGAUGAAAGACUAGCUAUAGUUAAAACCCUUGAAGAGGAGGCAGAGGAACUCUUAGAAGGAGAGCCUUCAAAUGAUGCCUUGCAGUUCAGUGCUGAACUUAGUGAGUUAAAAAUGAACAUAAAUACUCUAAGUAAACAUACAGAAAAACAUUAUGAAACUGUUCGAAAUGACUUAAAACACUGGAAUGAGUAUCAGCAAGGCAUUCAAGAAAUAAAACCGUGGUUAGAGGAAGCUGAAACCAAAGUUGCUUUAGGAAUGAACAAACCAAAUUCCAUGCAGGAUGCUAUUCAAGCCUCUGAAUCAGCUAAGGAAUUUGAAAAGAAUUGUGAUGAUUGCUUGGAGAAACUGCGCUCAGUAUCAUCUAAGAGUGCCCAAGUAGCACGUAUGUGUUCAGUAGUUGAUGAAAUUGAUGCCCUCCACUCUCGUUGGACUUCGGUACAUGAUGUUGCCAUACAAUGGAGUGAAAGGUCAGAAUUUCUUCUUGCUGAAUGGGAAGAUUUUAACUACAAAUGCGAUGCUGUGUCUUCAUGGGUGCAUCAAAUGGAAGAACGCCUAGAGAAGGUCAGUGAGUAUGCACCAACUGUUCUUCGCCUAGAGGAUCGUGUUGCAAGCUUGAAAGAUAUGGUAAAAGAAGUUGGUGAGAAACAAACAGAUCUUCUAAAUCUCACUGCUGUUGGUGAUCAUAUAUCUGCUGGCAUGGGUGCAGAAGGAAGUGCUUCAAUUAAAUCCACUGUAACAGAUCUGAAGAGCAUGAUUUCAAAGUUAAGUGAUGAGAUGCGUAAACUGAAAAAUGAAUUGUCAGAUGUUGUGGUAGUUCGCCAAGAAUUUAUAGCUAAAGUUGAAAAACUUGAAACUUGGUUGAAUGACUUCAGUAACCAUUUAGAUGAACUUGAAGAUAUUGAUAUAGAUGAAUUAGAAGGGUGUCCAGAUUUGGUUCAUCGCUUGCAACAAGAGCACGAUGAAAAACAAAAUGAUGUGACAUCUCUUGCAGAGGAGUGUCGUGAUGUAGGCGACCAUUGUACUGGACGAGAUCGGGAUGACUUGUUCACUCAGUUUGAUGAUGCAGAAGCCCGCUUUGAAAACUAUGGUGAAGUAAUAAUAUCUAAAAAGCCAGCAAUUCUGAAGUGGCGUGACUUCUGGGAAUGGCAAGGUAAUACAGAUGAUGCCUUAAAAGGAAUUAGUCAGCAGCUUGAUGCCAAACCAAAUCUUAAUGACUUAUCACAAAUGAGAAAGGAGUUAGUGAAUCUUCAAGAACAGUGCCGCUCAUGGGAUGAUGAAGCUUCAUAUAUCAUGGAUCUCUGUAGGAAAAGUUCUACAACUAUUCGGGAUCCAGGUACUGGGUCUGUCUUAGAUAUAGAAGCAAAAGUUCAGGAAUUUAGAAAGAGACUGGAUGUGAUUGAUAGUCACCUUGAUAGCCGACAAGAUCAGCUUCAGCAAGUUAAUAGCCAGUGGGAAACAUUCCAUCGGGUUAAGAAUCAACUGAGUGAGUUCCUGGAGGGUAUCACAAAACGAGUUACUGACAAGGAUUUAACACAGAGUACGUAUGGAGGAGUGCAGAAUCUGUUGGAAACCAUUGAAGGUGCACUUCAAGAAAUGCAAUCACAGCUUAAACUGAAAGAGAAACUACAUGAUUUGGGACGUGACUUAAUGUCCAGUGACUCAACUCAGCUGGUAUCUGUACAGAAUGCUUUGACAGCAGCUGAUGGAAGUUGGGAUCGUGCUCAAAAUAUGCUAUAUGAAAUGCAAACUAAAUUUACUAGCAUCACAUCACUAUGGAGACAGUGUACAGACGGGCGUGAAUACUUACAAGCUGCUAUUGCAGAAGCUGAGCGUAACGUUGAAAAAUUAGAUGGUAAGCCCUCAGAAGCCAGUGGUGUGCAAAUCAUGAUGAAUCUUUGCAAGAAGACUACUGAUGCUCUUCGCAGGACCAGACCUCAGCUUGAGAAUUUCAUUUCAAAAUCUCAACAUUUAAGUCAACAAUUAGACAGUGAGAAAGGGUUUGAUUCCAGCACUGUUCGUCAGCAUUCACAAGAAACUCAAAAUAAGUGGCAAAGUAUGAUAGAUCUCCUUAAUCAACGGUCACAAAACCUAGAAGGUCAACUUGUACUCUGGAAACAGAUCUUAAAUGGACGUGAUGAAAUUCUUUCUUGGCUCAGCGAUACUUGUGAAUCCUUAGAUGAAACUCAAAUGGCACAUGAAAUGGAAGCUGCAGUGGAAAAAUUGGAAAAAUAUAAAAAUGAACUUUCAAAUUAUGAAUCUCUUUUCCGUAGUCUUCAGAGCCGUUCCAAACAACUUGAAUCUUUAAAUGCUGGAACAUCUCUAGCUAGGAUUGAAGAAAUUAUCAGUACUAUUGCAUCUGAGUUCGAGCAGACUGAAUCAGCUGCCUCUAAGCUUAGUACCUACCUUGAUGAAAUGAAAGAACAAGAGUCAAGUGUAUAUGAAGAUAUCAGAGACAUUAAUGAAUCACUCACUCAGAUUCGGGAUAGACUAAUGAAAUGUGAAGAUAUAACUGGAGAUGACAAGAAGAUUCUUGUGCGACUUGAAAUUGCCAGAAAAAUUGAGACCGAAUUGCACCAAUACAGUGAGAGGAUUAAAGAAGUAAAAACACAAAUCGAGGAGCUGAAAGCAAGUUUCAGAGGGUUUGAAUCCAGUAAACUUAUUAAGGAAUACACAGCACUUCAGAAGAAAUAUGAGGGCAUAAUAACCCAGACAGCAAAGGCAUGUAAGAGUCUUUAUUAUGUAAUUGAGAAGCACUAUCAUGACCGGCUUACAGAUGUACAGAGAUUUAUCACUGUUCAUCAAGAAAAAAUUGCUUGGUGCCAAGAUGAACCAGGUUGUGACAGGUAUGGUGUUGAAGCAAAGAUAUCUGCUCUUUCAGAUGUUAAGUCAAGCCUUAAAUUAGGACUUACAAAAAGACAGGCUCUUGAAAAUUGUCAAGAAUUGUACGAGCGAAUAGUAAAUCCUGAAGAACGUGAAAAUAUUCAGGAAGACUGUGAGUUAGUGAUCUCUGAAAUGGAAGAGUUGAGUACCAGUCUUGAAGAGUGUCAAGCAGCACUAGCACACUCUCUAGCACUGUGGCAACAAUAUGAACUGAUGACGGAAAACCUUAGUUCGUGGCUUCGUGAGGUUGAAGCUCGCAUCCGUACAGAGACGACAAACCAGAUUGAUAUGACUAUGGUGGGAGAAAAGAUCAAGGAGACCGAAGCUCUCUUAGAGGAAGUUAACAGCCAUGAUGAUGAAGUAUGUGAGCUCAUGGAAAAAACAGAGGAACUCAUGGAGUCUAAUCCUGAGUCUAGAGCAGGGGAUUAUGCAAAUCAGAUAAAAUCUAGAGUACAAGCCCUUAUCCACUUUUGCAAUACAUUCCUUAAUAAACUUAAUCAGUUAACCAGAGACCAGAAACUAUAUAGUGAAACUAUUGUGAAAAUGGAAGACUGGCUUAAAGAUGCAGAAGAAAAGCUUCAGAGCUUUGAGCAGAUGACACGAAGUGGAGGCAAACCUACUUUAGCUUACCAGUCUAAAUUACAAAACCUCAAAUCAUUUGUUGAGGAAAAGAAAAAUGGCCAACAGCUCUUAAAUGCUGUGGUUGAACAUGGCGAAGCUUUAUUUUCAGCCAUUACUCCUGAAGGUCGUGAGAAAAUACGGUUAGAUCUUCGUACACUUCGGGACACCUGGGAAGCUCAUCUUGACAAAGUCAACCAACUGUAUAAGAGUGUUGAGUGUAUCAUUAUGCAGUGGUCCUCUUUUGAUGAUAACUUUAGUCAAGCUUCAAAGUGGCUUGAGGAAAUUCAGCGUCGAGCAGGAACUGAUUUUGACUUGAAGCCUACAUUGUCUGAUAAAAAGGCUCAGCUGCAACACUAUAAAGCUGUUUAUCAAGAUAUUAAUUCACAUGAAAGUAUGAUCUAUGGUCUGAAGGAGAAAAUUGAGUUUUUAACUGAUGAUGAAACUUCAAAAACAGUUGAUGAUAUGAUUAGCCAAUACCGAGAAUUAGUGUCACAAACUCAGCAAAGAAUUGGAUGGUGUGAAGAGUUCAUCCAGCAGCACGAGACUUAUCUUCAUAAUACUGAAAAAUUCCGAGACUGGUUAACCUCACAGAAGGCUGAACUGGCACUAUGUGCAGAUGUAUCACCAGAAAAUAGUGAUGUCCAGAUGAAAAUGAGCAUUCUUGACUCUCUUGAGAUGAAUGAAGAAGAUGGCCAAGAUCUUCUAGAUGCCUGUGAGGAAAGUUUAGAACAAACUCUUAAAAAUACUGAUGCAUCAGGACAUGCGGGUGUUAGAGCAGAUCUUGAUGCUCAACAAAGAAGCUGGCGGGUGCCAGUCGAAAUUGCUGAGGGAAAAAGAAAAGUAUUUGGUAUUAUGUCACAAUAUAAUGAGUGUGAAGAAGUAGUUCAAGCCCUAAAAGACUGGCUAAAAGCUAUAGAAAUUAAAGUUAAAGACCAGUCUCUUAAGAGUACUUUAGUUGCUAAAGAGAAUCAUUUGGACCGUCUUCGCCAACUUGAAGAAGAGAUUGCUGAUAGCCCAGAAAUUACUGAAGCUCUAACCCAAGCACAAAGCAUGGACAGUGAAGGUAAACAUGCCGUCCAGAUUUCUCAGUUGUCCUCUCGUUACCAAGCUUUGAAGAAUGUAUUGAAGGAAAUGAUGAGUCGGUAUGAGCAGUUUAUCCGUGAACACCGCUCAUUCUUAGAAAAAUAUGAGGAAUGCGUUGAAUGGGUUGAAGCAGUAGACCAGGACUUAAGAGAGCAUGCUGAGAUAGUAGGUGACAUGAAGAUCUUACAAAUGAGACGUAAUAAAGUCGAUCAGUUAAUUGAACUGAAGUCGAGUCAGGCUAACAAAGUUGAUGCCGUCCUUGAACUUGGCGAACGUCUUUAUUCCCAUACAGCACCAGAUGGCAGGGAAAACAUUCGCCAAAGUCUCCGUGAUUUACGAGAGCGUUGGGAAGCUUGGUGCGAAUCAGUUACUAAUGCUGGUCUGACUCUGGACCAAUGUCUUCAACAGUUUUCAGACUUCUCUGGAGCACAGGAGCAGCUUACUCGCUGGUUGCGUGAUGUGGAGCUUGCUAUGCAGCAGCAUACUGAACUGAAGAAUUCUUUGCAAGAGAAAACUGCUCAGCUGCAAAACCAUCGCUUAGUGCAUCAGGAGAUCCAAGCUCAUCAGAGUUUAGUAGAAAUGGUUUGUGAGAAGGCGCAAACUCUAGUCAAUCAAACUCAAGACAAAACACUAAAUGUUUAUAUCCAGUCUAUUCAAACACUUUUUCACAAUAUUGUGCUGAAGAGUCGGGAUCUCUUAGAUAAAUUGGAUGUGUGUGUACAGGAUCAUGCUCAGUUUAACACACUCUGCAAGAGCUUUGGAGACUGGCUCAAUCUGCAACGAGACCAGCUGCACCUAUGUGCAGAUGUUUCAGGCGAGAAAUCGGAUCUUUGCAAAAAACUUGAGACUCUAAAGGAUCUAGACACAGUUCAUGGUCUGGGUGAUAAGAAACUGCUGGAGCUGCGAACCCUGGGAGAGAAAGUGGCUCUAAGCACCUCAGAGCGUGGUGGCAAGGCUCUCAGAGCCACAAUUACUUCCAUGGAGGAUGCCUGGAAUCUACAUAUUGCCACUGUUGGUGAUGUACGUGAGAACUUGAACAGCACUAUACAACAAUGGAGCCAGUUUGAAGAAGAUCUUGAAUGCCAUUCAGCCUGGUGUCGAGAGUUGGAAUCUUUCUUCAAAGAUCAGCAGCUGUGUGCCUCCCUACAUGAGAAACGACGACGUAUUGAGGUCCUGACACAGAAACGAGAAGAGGUUGUACGUUAUGAGCGAGAGAUUGAUGUUUUUGUUGAUCAAGGUCAUGCUCUCGUGCGUGUCUCUAGUGUAGAUCGUCUCAAACCUCUUAUCACUCAGUUAAGUAACCGCUAUCAGAGCCUCCAUGUCCUUACAAAGGAAGCUGUUACAAAGUGGAGAGGAGUUCUUGCUGAUCAUGAGAGCUAUGAUGAAAAGUUUGAGGAAAACAACAAAUGGCUGAGCACCAUGGAGCAGUCCCUUCAUGAUCUUCUGAAUGAACAGGACCCAGAAAAGAAAGAGAAUUUACUGCAAUUCUUGCUUAGUGAGCGUGAGCAGGCACCACAUCGUCUGGGAUCCACCACAACCAUUGGUGAGAGGCUUUACCCUGAUACUGCUACAGUGGGCCGUGAGAAGCUUCGUCAGGAUUUAAGGACAAUGCGUGAAAAUUGGGAGAGAUUAGAAGGCUCCAUUGUGGAGCAGCAACGCAAACAGGAAGCUCAGACCCUGCAAUGGUCUUCCUUUUCGGACAGUACACAAGCUGCACGCAAUUGGUUGGAUAAUAUGGAAAAGACUAUUGUUGUAGAUCCAUCCAAUUGGCUAUCAUUGCAGGAACUUCGUUCUAGGUUAUUAAAGCUUAAGACAACACUGCAAGAUAUUACCUCACACAAACGUGUUUUGGAUGCUGUGAAGGAGCGAGCUGGCUAUUUACUUCAAGCAUCACCGAGCAAUAAGGAUGUGAUGUCAGCAAUGGAAGAAGUCCAGCAUCGGCAUGAGAAACUUGCUUUAAACACCAAGAAGAAUAUUGAGGAUCUAGAAUGGAUGAUUGACAACCUCAGUACUCAUCAAGAUCUUUCUGCAUCACAUGCUGAGUGGCAGAAAGACAUGUGGGAGAAACUGCAUUCAUACACAGAUUAUUCUGGCAAUAAGGCUCUGCUGCAGCAGCGACUGGACCACAUAGCUGAGCUUGAAGAUGCCAAAUGUGAUGGAAGGAACAUGAUUGCUCAGAUCAGUUCGCAUGCUCAUCAGUUACUGGAGAAGUUGCCAGCCCGAGCCAAGGAGACACUGGAGCGGGAGAUCAACAAUAUGAAGUAUGAACUGGCCAAGUUUGCCAGCACUUUGGCUGAUGUUAAGCAUGGCUUGGAAGAGCGACUCCAGCAAUGGACCGAAUAUGAGGGCACCUUUGACCGAAUCAUCUCCUGGCUUAAUGACUCUGAAGCAACACUUAAAAAUUAUGGACCCAAGAACUCUCUUCAGGAGAAGACAGAGCAGCUUGAACGCUACCAGGAAUUCCUGCGUGUAGUAGAGAGCCGGCAUGUGCUCGUGCAGGAAUUCAUUGCAAUAGCUGAUAACCUUGAACAAGGGCUUGUGUUCAGCAUUAUGCAGAAUCAGAGUGAAGUAGACAAGAUGAGUGAUGAUUCCUCUGACCUAAUGGGCAUCUCUGGUGAUACUAGGAUCUCUGUUAAUGUUCAGCAGAUAACCUCCCGCUUCAAGGCUGUUCAGGUUACUGCUAAGGAAAUCCUCAAAAAGUGUGAAGUAGGAGUUAAUGAUCACAAAGCCUUCAUAGAGAAAUAUAACCAAAGUGUUGGAUGGCUUACUGCAGCUCAGGAUAAAUUAGCCAGAUGUGUAGACAUGCAAGGAGAUAGAGCAACUAUACAGAAAAGGUUGGAGAUAGGAAGUGAGCUGCUGGCAGAGAAACAGAAUGCUUUAUCACUUGUCAACACCACAGUGGAGUUAGGAGAGAAGCUUUAUCCUUCAACAUCUGAUGAUGGGAGAGAAGCCAUUAGAAUUCAACUUGAAGAUCUUCAAGGAGCUUUUGACACAUUGUUUGACAGUUCUGCCACAAUGGAAAGAGACCUUCAUAAUAAGAUGAGUAGAUGGAGUAAUUUUGAGGAGGCUAGUGAACACCUUAAACAAUGGCUGAAAGACACCCAGGCACAGAUGCCCGAUGAAAUUGAAUUAAAGACUACUCUUGAUGAAAAACGAGCACAGCUACAGACUUACCGUGUGCUUCUGCACGACAUCCUUGCCAAGCAACAGACUAUACUUGAUGUUCGUGACAAAGCAGAAAAUCUUCCAGAGAAAUCUGAUCGUGUAAAUUCAUUCUUAGAAACAGCAACUGCUCACCACCAGGAAAUGAUGCAACGCAUCCAGUCUUAUUUGGAGCGAUACGAGGCAAUUGUCAGUGACCAUCAGCAGUACAGUAAGACUGUAUUUGAAACACAAGAAUGGUUAGAUGCCACACAUAAUACAGUAGAAAUAUGGGCUGAGUCAGUCAGUGACCACAUUACUCUACAUGCUAAUCUUGAGAAGCUUAAAAACCUUCAGUUAAGUCUUCCUGAGGAGGAGCCUAGAAUUCUUCAGAUACGAACACUUGGGGAAAAAGUUAUUCCUGGCACAGUGGAGUCUGGACAGAUCUAUGUGCGUAACCAGAUUGACACCACCCAACAAGAAUGGCAGGGUCUUAUAUCAGCUGUCUCUUCCACCAUAGAGAGACUAGAGGCCACCUUGUAUCAGUGGGGUGAUUUUGAAUCCAUGAAGGAUGCUAUUCAGAGCUGGCUACGUGAAACUGACAACAAAUUACAUGCUGUUAAUCUGAAUGCCACUCUAGCAGAAAAACAAGAAACUUUGGAUAAGUUAAAAACCCUACAGGGUGAAAUACGUGCUAAGGAGCUCGAAAUUGAUCAGUUAACAGAACGUGCCCAGCACCUGUACCAGGGUAACCACUCCUCACGUGGCUCGCAGGUAAAUGAGCUUUGUGCUCGUUAUCAGCAGAUAUCAACAAAGGUCAAGGAUGUCCACAGCCGUUGGCACCAGUAUGUUACUCACCAUGCAGAUUAUGAAAGCAGAGUCACAGAAUGUCACAGUUGGCUUCAAGACAUAAAGAAGAAGCUUAGUUAUUGUUCUGAUCUAUCAGCUACUUCCCAGGAUGAUCUUGAUAAAAAGAUGGAAACCAUCCAGGAUCUUUUGUUAUAUAAGGAGGAAGGAUUUACAAAGGUACAAGGAACUGUUGAAUUAGCUCAAACUGUAUUAGCCAACACAUCUCCUAUGGGCCAUGAACACAUUAACCAGGCAGUUGAAAAGCUUCAACAAGACUGGAGUGCUCUUGCAUCCAAGAUGGUAGAAACUAAGACUUACUUGGAUGAAACUAUACAUCGGUGGGCUGGCUUCCUUGAGAAUAUUCAUCAACUAAACAAGACAAUCGAACAUGUUGAACAUACUCUCUCUGAUGUUAGUCAGUUCCAGUCGACGCUCUCUGAAAAGAGAGCACAGCUGGAAAGACUCAAAAGCUUAGAAGAAAAACUUCGUUGUGAGAAAUAUGAAGUAGAAAGCUUAAAAGUGAAGGCCUCAGAGAUGCUAGCAAGUGGACAGCAAGCACAAGCAGCAUCACAGGCACAAAAUAUACUGAAACAAUUUGAGAAUCUUUCUGAUCGUAUCAAAACCUUACGAGCAGAAAGAGAGACUCAGUACCGAGAUCACCGUCACUACAAAGAAGCCUACGAUGACCUCAAUGCAUUUGUUAAUAGGACACGUGAUAAAAUUCCAGCCCUUAAGCAGAAGAACCUUGGGGAUAGACUUUCUAUUGAAACAGCAGUGCAAGCUUUAGACACACUCUUAACACGGCAAGCUCAGGGGCAGAUAUUGGUGGAUCAGCUUCUCCAUCGAUGUGAAGUGUUCCUCCAUUCCACAUCAUCUUCAGGGCAAGAACAUUACAAAAAUGAGAUGCGGGCAGUAAAAGAAAGUUUUGAAGAACUUUUUAAGGACAUUUCCUGCCAGAAGGAAAACCUGGAGAAAACGGUGGUUCAGUGGCGUGACUAUAAAGAUGAAUACGAGAAGCUGUCUGAUUGGCUACAGAAGGCUGAUGCUGACAUGAAGGCCUACAAGACUAUGUUGUAUGCCAGCAUAGGAGAGAAGACACAGCAGGUUAAUAAUGUCAAGGAUCUGCUAGAAAAUCUUGGGAAGCAUCAAGUGCAAUUAAAAAAAUUAAAUGAACUUUCUCAGACAUUGCAAGAGACUCACCUUGAUUCCUUUGUCCAGAACCAAAUGCGACAUCUUAACUCUCGCUAUCAAGUUUUAAUUAAUAUGGCUAAGGAUGUUUUGAGGAAGGUGGAAGCUAGCUUUGACCAACAUCGCCAGUACGAAACAUAUCUAAGUAAGGCUAGAGAAUGGAUUGACAAUGCUCGUAUGGUUGUUAGAGACUGCAUUGACAUGUCACCUGAUUCUGGUAAAGAGAGUCUAGAGCGACAUUUGGAAAUGAUUCAGUCACUAAUGAGAAAGCAGGAGGAAGGUCAGGCACUAGUUCAUCAGGCUGUCAACUGGGGUGAAAAAGUGCUUCGUAACACUCGAUCAGAUGGGCGUGACAUAAUCAACGAAUCUCUAGAAGAACUGCAGGCUGAUUGGGAUAAACUCAUUAAGAAGCUCUCCAGUGCCAAGGUAACCCUGGAAACUAACCUUUUACAAUGGGCUGACAUGAGUGUUUCUUAUACCAACAUGCAACAAUGGAUCAGUGAAAGAGAAGCUAAGCUCCAGCAACUUACUAAUGCAAUGACUGCCUCUAGUAAGAGAGGCACUGGCCUUUCUCAUAGGAUUUCUUCUUUAAGUAUUGGAGAACGUAAAGCUAAUCUGCGACGCACUAGCAGUAUUGUGCAAGACAUUGUAUCAUUUGAGCCAAUGAUUGAGUCAGUUACUUCCAAAGCAACAGAAAGUCAAGCAAGCCAUGUAAAGAAUAAUGCAUCAGAAAUUUCCAGUAAGUACCAUAGUCUUAGCAAGCAAGCUAAGGAGCUUCUUGAGAAGCAGAAAGAUAUGGUUGAUCAUCAUCAAGAAUUUGUUGAUGCAGGUAAUGAGUUCAUGCACUGGCUUAGAGCUGCUAAGGAGAGAAUGGCCAAAUGUGCUGAGCCAACUGGUGACAAGGAUACAAUCAGUGGCAAAGCAACAAUACUCAAAUUGCUUCAGAAUGAACAAGAAGAAGGUCAGAAGAAGCUGGAUAAAGCCUUCUUGCUUGCAGAGAGGGCCUGUAAUCUAGCUGAUGAUGAAGAUAAGGAAGUCAUAGAAGAAGAAGUAGCAUUCUUGCAAGAUGAGUUUGAUAAUUUCUUGGGCCAAGUUGGCAAGACAAAGAAUCUUCUAGAAAUGGGCAUUGUUAAAUGGACAGAAUAUGAAGAUAAGUUUAGAGAAUGUGAGCAGUGGCUAGACAAAAUGGAUGGUAAAGUACAGAGCUACAAUAAGCUUCAGAACACAGUCCAGGAGAAGCGAUCAGUACUGGAAGAAUUCCAAGCCACUCUGCAGAUGAUAUUUGAUUGGCAGAAAACAUUGGAUCUGCUCAACAUGCGUGCACAGCUCUUGCUGGAGACCUGUGCUGAUUCACGUGUGAGUAAUGCUGUCACACAGUUAACUACAAAAUACAAUACAUUGCUGUCUCUUGCCAAGGAAGUGAUGCGCCGCCUGGAGAUGCAUUUCCAGGAGCAUCAGCAGCACCACCAGUUGUAUGCAGAGUGCAUUGAUUGGAUUGAUCGCACUCGCAAGAAACUUAACGAAUGUGCUGGCGAGACCACUUCCUUGGAGGAACUCAAAGAAAAAUUGACUGGUGUGAAAGCCAUCAAGAACACACUAGAACAAGGCCAGCAUAAGCUACGAUAUGUUCUUGAACUUAAAGAACGUGUUAUUAUGAAUACAGAACAGAUAGGUGCAGCCAGGAUUCAGGAUGACACUGAAAAUGUGCGUAAAGAGUUUGAAAAGCUCAUGUCCGAUAUAUAUAGCAUGCAUCAAAAUCUUAGCACCAGGCAGUCACGACGAGAGGAAACUGAUAAGAUGCAUAAAACUGUUGUUGAGUGGUUGGAAGAACUCAACACAAAGGCAUGUGAGCAGGGUGUGCUCUUUAGUGAACUAAGUGAUAAACGUGCUGCUCUGGAGAAAUAUCGUAUCCUUCUACGUGACAUAGCUGCUCAUUUUGAUAUGGUGGAGCGGUUAGCAGUAAAGAGAAAUGAUGAGGGAUACUCCCAGGAGGAGGUUGAUGAAUGUCUCAAUAAAUAUGAUUCAAUUAAGAAAAUAGUCAUUGACAACAUUAAGACUCUUGAAGUGUAUGUUAAAGAUCAUGAAGCCUACCAUAGUUCAGUUGUGGAAGCCAACGACUGGUUAAGAAAGACUCGUAUAACAAUGCAGCAAUUUGCAGAUAGUCAUGGAGAAAAGAAAGAGGUAAUAGAGAAACAGCAGCAACAGGAGGAUAUUGCAGAAGAAUUUCCUGAGGGUGAGGAACUUAUUGAUAAAGCUAUUGAGCUCAACAAAUCAAUUCGACAUUCCACAUCGGAUGAUGGUCAUGAGGCACUCCGUAGUGAGGCAGAAAGUCUGCGUAUGGAAUGGGAAUCCCUCCAACAGAUGAGCAUUGACAUUCGUCGCACAAUGGAAAAGUGUUUGCAGAUAUGGGAUGAGUUUACAGAAACUUACAAGGAUCUCAAUACCUGGUUAAUAGACUUCCAACAGCAAGUGGCACAGGAGCCUGAAGAACCUACUCCAGAAGAUCUUGAAAAGUGGAAGACCUCUUUACAGGAACUUCUGGUGGAGGCAAACAGCAAAAAGGUUCACCUGGAAGUGCUGAACGACCGCUGUGAAGUGCUCAUGGAUUAUAGUGCACAUACACCUAUCAGAGACAUGACAGUUCAGCUCCAGUCAACAUAUACCAAUGUUCUCACAAAUCUACAGAGUCUAGUAGUUAUUGCCCAGAAAACUUUGACUGACCAUACAGAAUUUGUUACUGCAAAGACAGAAUUUGAGCAGUGGUUAGGACGCUCUCAAGGCACUGUAAAUGAUUGUCAGGAUGAUACUGGCUCAGAGGCAGAGGUGCAGGACAAACUAGACACAGUAAAGCUAGUGGCAACACGACUGUCUGAAGGCCAGCACAUGUUAGGUGUCUUGGCAGAGGCUUAUACGCGUGCUCUCAACCUUAGUCAAGUGGACCAGCAGGACCAGAUUCGACAGGAUUUCACAAAGCUCCGUAAUGAAUGGGAUCAUUUGAACAUUUCACUUAAUUCUACCCUCUCCAAGCUCAAGAGUGCUGUGAAUCGUUGGGAAGAAUUUAGCGAGGCACAAACAAGACUGGAAGCUUGGUUAGUGGAAGUAGAGGAGCUACUAGUAGAGACACCAGAUUCUCGGGGUGAAGUUGCUGAGAUGAGGACUUUCCUUGAACGCUACAAACACAUUGCUCUCCAGAUCCAAGAAAAACGGGAAGAAGUUCAAAAUCUCUUGGAUGAUGCAGAGGAAUAUGCAGAAAGGGCCUCAGAUGAAGAUAUCCUGAACCGUGUGGAAGAAACUGAAUCAAAGUGGGAAAAACUUAAUGAUCAAUGUAUUGAAAUCAUAACAAAACUUGAGGAAGAAAUCUCUGACUUUAGUGAAUAUCAGCUAGCACUACAGGAGACUGAGAAGUGGCUCCUUCAGAUUAGUUUCCAGUUGAUGGCUGAAAAUUCCUUAUAUAUCUGUAAUAGAGAACAAACUGAAGAACAGAUUGAGAGCCAUAAUGAAGAGCUCGAAGAGAUCAUUGAGUACCAACAGACUCUGGAUGAAGUUAAGAAUAAAGGCCGUAAACAGAUUGACCGUUACAUUGGCUCUGUACCUUCAAUCCAAGACAAGAUCGAGCGUCAGUUGCACAACAUUCAGGAGAGCUACAACUCUCUCUUAAGUACUGCCAAUCACAUCCAGAAACGUCUCAGUGAAUCUCUAGCCAAGUUUGAAGAAUAUGAAGCCACCUUGGAGUCUAUCCAGAAGAACCUAGAAGAGUGGGAACCAACUAUUGCUGAGGAGAAUGAUACCACUAUACAAACAAUGGAAGAGGCAAAGUACCAUCUUGAGUGUACUAGGUCAUGGCACAGUAAAUUACUAGGAGAGAAAUCUCGGCUGGCUUUUGCUGUACAAGCCUGUGAAGCUGCCACAGCAUCCAUUUCUCGGCCAGGGUCUCCUCAGGAUGUAAUCUCUCAAUCCAUCCCAGAGAGUGAAAUGGCUGUCAGAGCUAAACUGGAGGAUCUUAUUGAACAGGUGCAGGCACGAGUGUCCACUAUUAGCAACUCAGUGAGUGAACUGGAAGAACUUGCUCGUCAAAAUGAUGCCAUCAGAAAAUGGAUUGAGGAAUACCACAUCAUUGUGCAAGACUUCAAGAGCCGCCCUGCCAAGCUACGACCUGAAGCCUCAGCAAUGGAAAUCUCCCAAAUGAACGAUCUUCGCUCCAAAAUCAUGGAAAAGCAAAGCAUUUUAGACGAACUGGAAAUUAAACAAAUGAACUUGGCUCCUGACAUGGCUGAUUCUGACAUUCGUGAGCAGAUGAAUCGGUUGGAAGAGGAAGUAACCAAUCUCAUUGAUUCUCGAACAGUCAUUAUUCAACAGAUUGAAGAGUACAGGAGUAAGCUUCAAAAUAUUUAUGGAUGGUUUGACACAAUUAUCAAGCAGUUAGAAAAAUGUGACAAGAGUGAUAGUCUAGAUUCCUUAAAGAAGUCUGCUGAAGUACAACAGCUGUGGAAUCAAUUUGAAGAUGUUCAAACUCAACUGCAGGAACUCAAGAUGAAGGUCAGUGAUGUAAUGCUGGAACUCUCAAGUUUAGAUGUACAGCAAGUUGAGGAACAGCUAAGAUCUGUUGAGAAAAAAUAUUCAGAUCUUCAGAAACGUGUUGGUAAGAAGAUGCAAGUGAUUGAAAUGACACGUAAGGGUUACGAAGAUUCCAAGCAUGAUAUCCUCAACCUGCAGAAGUGGGUGAGGGAGAAGAUGGAGUUUACAAGGAAUCUGCCACUUCUUGGAUACACUAGUAAAAGCACAGAAAUCAAACUGCUGGAUAUUAAUGAUCUUUCAAAGGAGGUUUCUGCCAAGAGAAUGCUUCUGGCUCAGCUAGAAAAAGCUAUUGAAAAUCUUAAAGGUGAUGUUGAAGAAUCUGAGCUGGAACUGUUGGACAACAUAGUGAGCAAGACUUCAGAAGAGCUAGGAGUAUUAUACUCCACUGUAAUGGAAAUCAAGAAUGAUAUGAUUGUGUCCUAUGAAGAGCGACGCAGCUUUGAGCAGUCACUUGACCAAGUACGUGCUUGGAUUAGUGGUAAAGUAGAUGAAGUGGUCUGCCCAGACCUUCUGCCUCUCAAAUCUGAGGUUGCAGAGCGUGUAGUUGAGAAGUACAGAAGACUUGACACUGAACUAAAGCAGUAUGCAGAAACUAGUGUAUCUGGAGUGAAGAGGCAAGGAAGUGCACUUUUCAAGGACUGUACAGAAGAUGAAAAGGAUGAAUUGCAUGACAUAUUAACUGAAAUUGAUGACAAAAUGAACAACCUCCGCCAGACUAUGUCUGGAACUCAAAAUCGGCUUUCCAACCUCUUGGAGGCAAGGCGUGACUUUGAAAAAGAAGUUGAUAUUGCUCAAAAAUGGCUUCACCAGGCUGAGGUUGCUUUACAGACAGAUACCAAAAGUCUCAAUACAGCUGAAGUUCUUGCAGAGCAUCUAAAAAAACUAGAAACAAUGGAAGAUGAACGUGAGUCAGCAAACAAGCGGGUGACCAGCAUUGCCAAUCUUUGUGAGGAUCUGUUACCUUACCUCACUGAGGGUGACAAGUUCAGUUUGGGAGACAUUGUACGUGACCUACAAGAUAAAACAUCAAGAGUGAAUUCUUCUGUUAGUGAUAAAACAGAACAGGUUCGUAACACCAUCACACUCCAGCGACGCAAUACAGAACGUAUUGUGCAGAGUGCCCAGACUUUCUCUUCUAUUCAGAAGGAAAUCAAGGCUCUGAAUAGGCCAGUUGGUCGCAAUGUAGAAGAUGCUCAGAAUCUCCUCGUCUCAUACCAGGAGGCUCUUAAAAGGGUUAAUGAAUUUAGGAAGAGUCUGGAUGAUAUGCGUACUGGGUCUGAAGUCAGUGUAGGCGAGAUGCGUGAUAUGAUUAAGCAACAACAGGAGCUUAUUCAGGUGCUAGAAAAACAAAUUACAAGGAUACGGCAAUUAAUCCUCGUGAGACAGCAGUACACCUCUCUUAUCAGUGAGAUUACUGGAUUUGUUAACCGAUAUACUACUGUUGUGAAGGAUGUUGAGCAAACAGAGAAGACAGUAACAGAUAAACUUCGUAAGUACAGUGAUAUAAUAAGAAAAAUUCAGGAAUGUGAAGCUCAGUUAACAUCUGCUCAGGAUAAGGGAUCAAUCAUAAGUGAGGAAGGAACUGUUGAAGAUCACAAUGCCAUCACGGAACAGUUGCAACAAGUAAAAACCAAUUUAAGUGCUCUUCGUCGUGAUGUGGAAAAAAGACAUUCAGAACACGAGGUAUCGGCAGAGAGUCAUAAACGUAUCCAUGUUGAGCUUAAUAUGACAAUGGAAUGGCUGUUAGAGCAGGAAUCUGAACUGAAGUCUCGGCCACUUCUAACAUUAGAAGUGGAGAGCGCAAAUGAAGAACUUGAAACUCAUGAAGAGCUUGCCAGUGACAUUGAGGAUCAACUUAAGAAAAUUCGUAGCAUCCAGGAGAGAGCCAAAUUAGAAACUGGUCUCCCAUAUAUCCUUCAAGAAAGACUUUCAGAGGCAAAUAUGAUUUUAGUUACAUUCCCACUUGAGUUGGAAUCCCGGCUCAAGUACCUCAAAGAUGCAAAGAUGCUUCGCCUAGAUUAUGAAGAUUUUACUACCAAAAUCAAUGAUUGGAUCACUGAGGCACAUAAACGUAUUCUUGAUGCUGAUGGUGUUGAUUAUGAGAAUGUACGAUCGGAACUUGAAGAUCACUUAGCUUAUUUCUCAAGUGAAGGCUUGAUUGGUGAAUCUCUUGAACAGUUAGGCAAUAUUGCUGAAAGAAUUGUUCCAUCUUUAACUAGUGAAGACCAAGAAGAGCUAACAGAUGAACUCUCAAAGCUCACAAAGGAUCUUGAUCAUGUUACUAAAUCAGCAAGAGAUCACAAGGCUCAACUUGAGAAAAAUGUUCAGCUUGCACUGGAAUACAACAACCUUGUGGAGAGAGCACAAGGCCUUAUAAAGGAUGCUAAUGUAAACACUCUGACUGAUGAUAGUGCCAUUAAUGUUGCAGCAUUACGACUUAACCUACAAAGAAUUGAUGAAGAGCGUGUGCGUCUAUAUGAUCAAAGUUACAUCAUAAAUGACUUUACAGAUAAGGCCAAUGAACUUCUCCAACAGGCUAGCAGGUCAAGUCAUGUAAACAUUGGUAAUCAGUUGUUAGAAUUCAAUAGAGAAUGGAAGAUUGCUUUGGAAAACAUGGAGGGCCGACGUGAGGCUUUGGCAUCCCUUAUCAGUCAAUGGCAGGACUAUGAUGUGGCAGUUCGAAGUCUUGAAGUUGGCCUCAACAACUUGGAGCAGCGUCUCACUGAAGAACUUGACUGUGCGACUAAAGACGACACUGAAAUCGAGACCAUCAAAGAGACCUUGCAGGCACUGGAGGAAGAGGCUGAGGAUCUGGAGGAGGAAGUGGAGGGUCUUGAAAGUCAGGCUGAGGUGGUGUUGCAGUACCUACACACCGUCAGUGCUGUUGCCUACGCCGCUGCUAAGGAAAAGCUGGAGAGGCUCAUCAGGAGACAUCCAGAGUUGGUCGAGAGCCUCCGAGGUAAGCUGACGUGGCUAAGCGGCGAGGCGGCUUUCGUUGAGCACCUUCAGGCCCAGCUGGACGACGCCACCAGGGCGCUGCAGCUUGCUGCCACUGAUAUUGCCGCACUAGACCUCUACCACCACGACUACGCCGCCGUCCAGGACAAAUUACAGAGUAUUGGACUGCGCGUCAGUCAGGCAGCCAGCGAAGCCAGACACCUCAUCAACAAAACAAAGAGUCACUACAUAUCUGAAGGUCGAUCUUUACCACAAGAAAUUGCAAGUCAGCUGUCAAACUUAGAACUGGAAGCGGAGAGCGCGGUAGCAAAAAUGGAGGAUGAACACCAGGAAGCGAAGCGGGCGCGAACCAUCCGCUUCGAGUACAACCGCGAUGUUGAGUCGGUGCAAGCGUGGAUUCAGUCAGCAGAGUCGAAGGUGCAGGACAAGAGCGUAGACCCUCACAAGCUCAAGGAGUUUCUGCAGGAGAUUCACUGUGAGAUCGGAAGCGUGACAGACCAGCUGGAGCGCGUGACGCGUCAUGGCCAUAUAAUAUGCCAGCGCACCAGCAAUCAGAACGAGAGGGAGCUGGUGGCCAACACUGUUACCUCACUUACCGAACAGCUUCAACAGGUCAGAAACUGGCUGGAGGAUAAGAAAGCUCAGGUGGGCGAUUCGCUCGAGUCCUGGCAGUUGUUCAUCCAGCUAUACAACUCCUUACGCAGCUGGGUAGAGAGGCAGCGGAACUUCUUGUCAGAUCCUCUUAAGUUUGCCACCUUACCUGAAGCCCGCGCCAAGCUGCAGGAAUAUGCGGCUGCCGUGAAAGAUUGUAAGUGGGCCAACAAGCAGGUCUCCGAAAUGACUGCGGAAUUAGCCAAAAUUGGUCAGUGUUCCGACGUUGGCCCACUGACAGAUAAGCAAGCGGAGAUGGAGCAGGAAAAGGCUGAUGUAGAGAGCAGCUUAAAGGAAGUGAUGGCAUUACUUCAAGAAAUGGCCGAGGAAUGGGAGCAGUGUGAGCGCAAGUCUAAAGAUGUGGCUGGAUGGAUUGAGAAGACGCGACAGUCGCUAGAUAACCCACAGAACAAGAAGCGCUCCCUGCGUGACCAGUUGGCAGCUCGGGAGAAGGCGCUGGCCGACGUCACCAUCCAGAGGACCAAACUAGUUAUGGCCAUGGAGAAGCUGCAGGUACACUUCCGUGACCGUAUGUGUGCCGAAGCACAGGUCUCCCACGAAAACGAACAAUUACAGUUGCGCUUGGAGGAGCUGCAGGCGGCCGUCAAGGAAGACUGUAGGACGCUGGAGACUUGCGUUCACCAAAUGGACGCAUAUCAACAGGAGAUCCAGCGGCUGCGGCAACAGAUGGUCGGGGUAGAGCAGCAGCUGCGGCUGGUGUCUAGUCCUACCUACAGCCCACGUGAUCGCGACAAGGCAGUGGCCGAACAGAACGUGCUCCAAGGCCAGUAUGAAUCUCACCAACGACUCAUUGUCGAGCUCACCGAACGAAUCUACCAGAUUGACCCCAGUGCGGUGAUUCCGACCGAGCUAACACUAGACACGACCGAAACGAGCAUUCUUACCUCUUCACAUGAUACAUUCUCCGAGGAAGAGGCCCAGGUCUCACCCAUGCAACUCAGAACUGUCCUCAACGACUCCAUCAGUCAAGAUGUCCAGGUGGUGAUCACUCAAGAACUGCCAAUAAGUGAAAGCGAUGUCUUGGAUUCUGAGGUGAAGACUUUGAUUGGAGUGGCGUUGAAAAACGUCCCGCAACAAUCUCGCACCGUACUAGCUACCCCAGAGACUGGAUUGCAACUGACGUGGGCAGAUGUAGCUGCAGGAAGGAAGAGUCCAAAUAUCGUUUGCCAAACAUAUGCAACAGAAAUAAAUGUUCCUCAGGUUGCAUCAACUCAGCAGGUUGUUACUCAGGUUGUAACAAGUCAAGUGUCAUCAUCAUUACCUGCAACGCCAACUCUGGUUUCCGAACCAGUAAGAGAAGACAGUAUUACCAUUGAAACGCCAAGUGAAUCCCCUGCCAAAGAAAAAUGUACCAUUGUAACUGCUCAGGCACAGGGAGCUGCUUGCGAGGAACGGCAAGUUCGUGAUCGUAGAAACCGUCAGCAGCAGUUUGCAAAAGCCCAGAAGUCACAGAGCUUCGAGCAAGAUGCCAAGACAUCACGACGUGUGCAACAACGAGAUCGUCGCUACCGUAAAAAGCAACCGAUGGAGCAACAGCCAGAGCAGCAGAACCCAGUGGAGCCACAGGAAGAGGUGUAUUAUGAUGCACCAAGUCGCAGAAACAGUCAGAGAAGUAGUCCUAGGAGUUCUUAUACCAAGUCUAAACAGAGUCCUCAAGAAAGUCCGAAAGAUACACCAAUGGUGACCCCUAAAACAAGUCCAACAGAGACUCCGAAGUCAAGUCCACAAGCACAGCGUCGAGAACAUGAGAAUAUAUUGAAAUCAGAAAUACCAGAACAGCCUCGGGCUGCUGUUGAAGAUGUAAAAUCCCAAAGAGCUAUUCCUACCACCAUGUGGGAUGGCAAGACUACAUAUGCUCAAAUCCUAAAAGGAAGGCAUGAGAUGAAAGCAAGACAAGAGAGGGAGCAUGAUGCAGAUGAGGCAGCUAUGAUGUCAGAGUUACAGACUCAAUCUGAAGUACAAGAGGUCACUAUUAUAGAAGUUUCUAGUCAGAUUGCUGAAUCAGCUGUACAAACCAUAACAUCUAAUGUGAUCACAUCAACUAGUGAAUGUGAGAGUUUAGAGUAUGUUGACGUCCCUCAGCAGGAACGUGUUAUGCCUGAAGAUAAUAUAUCUGUUACUGAAGAAGUAGAGUCACAACCUGUAACUCAGCAGGUAGAAGAGGAGCCUGUUGUUGUUAUGCCACAAUACCCUGGCUACAUAGAAGAACCUGCUUUCUUAUCUGAAGGUGUUGAAAUAUCUCAGGCCUCUGAGCCUCCUUACCAACAGGCAGUCACAGCAUCCAUGUUUCAGCAUGGGUUCUCUGUGGAUGUGCAAACUGUUCAGAGUCCUAUGCAAACAUUAGAAAACUCUAUGCAGGACAUUGUUAUGAACAGUAACAUGGAUACCAUGAAUUUCUACCAGGGAAUGAGUCAGUUUCCAGUUACAACAAGUUAUAUUCCUGAGGGUUUUGGCAUGCAGUCUUAUGGACAAGUAAAUGACUACCAACAGACAAAUGAAGCCAGUAAUGAGUUUCCAAGUGUCACCUUAGAGCAGUCACCUGAAGAAACGCCUAUGAUAAGUAUGAUCACAACUCAGCCCACUGUAACUCCGCCUAUGAUGACCCCUCCAGAGACUCCAGAGCAGUAUCAAGAGGAUGAGGAAGAGAUGGAAACAGAUGAUGUAGCAGAAGUUCCCUCCAUGAUAUUCGAACCAUCCUUUACUGAAGAAACCAGUGAGGCCCAUAUAACUAUUGAGCCAAGGCAAGCAAGCUCCAGUGAAGCAGCUGAAGCUCCUGUGGCACUCGAGUCCACAGAUAAGUCUAAGCUAUCAUAUGCUCAAAUUUUAGCAAUGGGCCUUAAAGCUGCCCCUUCAGCUGUUGUCACUCAUACUUAUGGAGCAUUUAAGUCAGUUAUGUCAUAUGUUAAGGGACCAACUCAGUCUGAAAAAGUGGCACAUAUUGAACAUAAUGUUGAGCAUGUUGAAGCACCCAUCAAACCAAAAAUUGAACAACAAGCAAUGGCAGCACAAGUGACAACACAUGAUUACGACAGAUCUAGAGGUAAGAAGAGAUCCUAUGAACCAAAAAUCGAAGUAACAAUGGUCAAAGAUUCGGACGAAUUGAAGAAAAUGGAAGAACAGCAACGAAUAGAACACUAUAUUCCUGGUCUUCUUUUUAAAGAAGGGUCUGACAGACGCUCAAGGUCCAAGAGCGCUAGAAGAAAGAAAGGAGAAGCCCCUGCAGAUGUCAUUGAGGCUCUCAAAGAUAAGGAAGAAACAAAUAUAGAACCUGUGAAGGAAGUGAUCAAGAAGGAAGAGAAACCUACCAGGGCAAAGCAAUCUAAGCUUGACAAUUCUGCAGUAACUUCGGCAUCAGUUCAAGAAGUCAAAAUUCAAACCAGUCGCAGCACUCAGAAAAAAGAGAUGAUAGUACCAGAGCCCUUAAAUGUAAAUCUUUCACAAACAGCUGAUGAAAAGGAGCUAAAGAAAGACCAGGAAGUUAUCACAAAGAAAAGUGAUAGUGUGACAAGUACUUCUGUUAUAGAAAGCACUCAGUCAUACGAUCUAAAAUCUCAUGAUAGUGAAGAUAAGCGCAAGAAAAAGAAAAAACGCAAUAGAUCAAAUCCUAAAGAUCAAGAAGAUGAUUUGGAAAAAGCUUUGAGAGAAAUUGAAGAGAUGGAAAAAAGUGGUAAAAUUCAACCACCCCCAACUCCCAAAUUGGCACCCAUAGAUGAUGACAAACCAAAAAGGCGGGGCUCCAAGAAGACCAGAAAGACAGAGCAACCACCAUUACCAAAAACAACUGAACAUUCUUCAUGUGAUACUACAAAUCAGCUAAAAGUUGAGCCGGUAACAAAACCUGAGAAGGCAGAAAAGAAACUUCAGAAAUCUAAAGUUGCUGAGCAAGAUAAGGAAAUCUCCUCAACAGGAAAGACUUCUGAACCUGAAAAACAUAAAAUAGACUGCAAAAAAUCAAAGGGUGUAAGCUUCAACAAGGAUGAAAAUGAAAUGAAAAAACAAGUGCAUCCUGGUGAGACUGUGGUGGAAGAAAUGCAGGUCCAUAUGGAGGAGCAAAAUGUAUCUGCCUGUGCAGUUGAAUAUCACCAUACUGUAGAACCUGUAGUUGUAUCAGUACCUGAGCAAGUGGCAGUGUCUUCUAACAAACCCUUUAAUGAUGUACCUACUGACCCUAUACUUGAUCCUCUACCUGACUUACCCACACAAGCCCCUGUAACUACUGUAGAUACUAAUAUCGUAUCUCCAGUAGAGUCCUCUGUUUUCUCUUCUGAAACCAAUCAAGAUAGUGCUAGCUUAAUGAAGGAUGAAGAUAUUGCAUCGGAAGAGGACAAGAAUGCUUCAGCACAGUGUUCUGUGGACUAUAAGGGGAUUGUUCCUUCAGAGAUGCCACUUACACCUUCACCAUUCCCAGACCAAAUUAGCAAGAGUAUGGAAUUUAUAGAAAGUGGAAUUUCUCUCAAUAAUGAGAACAUGCAAGAUGUGUGUGAGGAAGUUCCAUCAAUUUCUACUGAGAUUUCACAGUACCAUAAACAAGAUUUCUCUCAAGAAAUUCUUCCACAUAAAGUACCGCCCUCUGAACUUUCAGUACCAGUUCAGGAGGAAGGAAGCUGUACUCUUGAUGACAUAGACAGAGCUGGAUUGGAGAAAAAACAUUUAGUCAAAAUAGAAAUUGAUAAAACUACUUUAACAAAAGAGAAAGGGUUUCCUAAACAUAAUUAUGAUAUAGAAGAUAUACAGGCUCCAGAUAGAACUCAUGAGAGUAAAUCCAAGAUUUAUGAAGAGAAAAGUGGUGAAAUGAUAAAUAAGAAGAUAAGUGAUGAAGUGGUAGAGGUACUACAAGAUAUCACUGAAGAAAUGCUUCAAGGUCUGUCUUCAGAUUCUGUGAUUACUGAGACAAUCACAGAACCUGAGGCGACCACUGUUCAUAAAAUCAUUAGAAGGCAAAUAAUUAAGAAGAUAAUCAUGAUUGAUGGUAAACCAGUAGAGACUGAGGAAAUAGUAGAAGAACCAGAAGAAGUUACUGAUGAAAUGCUCCAAGGUCUGCCAACUGACUUGGUGAUUACAAAGACAAUCACAGAACCUGAGGUGCCUACUAUUCACAAAAUUGUUAGAAGGAGAAUUGUUAAAAGGACAAUUAUAGUUGAUGGUAAACCAGUAGAAACUGAAGAAGUAGUAGAAGAACCAGAAGACGUUACUGAUGAAAUGCUCCAAGGUUUGCCAGGUGAGUCUGUGAUUACUGAAACAGUUGCAGUACCAGAAGCAGCAAGUCGUAGAAUCAUUAGGAGAAGAGUGAUAAAGAAAGUAGUAAUGGUUGAUGGUAAACCAUGCAAAACAGAAGAAGUGAUAGAAGAACCAGAAGUUGUUUCUGAGGAAAUGUUGGAAAGCUUGCCAAGAGAUUCUGUGAUUACUGAGUCACUCACAGACCCAGAAUCAUUAACAACCCGUGCAGUCAUUAGAAAACGGAAAAUAAAAGUUUUGAUGGUUGAUGGUGACCCAGAAAUAAGUGAAGAAACAAAAAAGCCUGUAAAUCUUGCAGAUGAAGAAUUGAGAGGAAAAAACAUUCUAGACUCAAUGACAGGUGAGUCUCUUGUAGACCUAGAUGUUCUUAAUCAAAGCAAGCAUGAACAAGGUAUGGUCUCAAACCUUUUAGAGAGCUCUGGUGUUGUUCCAGAGCCUGUACAGGAAGAAAUUGUUAAUUCAUCAACGACCUUCGCUAGAAAACGUAGAGUAAUUCACAAAAGAAUUAUCAAAAUAAUUGUCAUGGUUGAUGGUAAACCAGUAGAAACUGAAGAAAUAAUAGAAGAACCAGAAGAGGUCACUGAGGAAGUGAUUGAAGGCCAUCCAUCUGAGUCUGUGAUUACUGAGACAGUCACAGAACCUGAGGUGACCACUAUUCAUAAAAUCAUUAGGAGGAAAAUAAUUAAGAAGAUCAUUAUGAUUGAUGGUAAACCAGUAGAAACAGAGGAAAUCAUAGAAGAGCCAGAAGAAAUUACUGAGGAAGUGACUCAAGGUGAUCCUUCUGAGUCUGUGAUUACUGAGACAGUCACAAAGCCUGAAGUGACCACAAUUCAUAAAAUCAUUAGGAGGAAAAUAAUUAAGAAGAUUAUUAUAAUUGAUGGUAAACCAGUAGAAACAGAGGAAAUCAUAGAAGAGCCAGAAGAAAUUACUGAGGAAGUGAUUCAAGGUCAUCCUUCUGAGUUUGUGAUUACUGAGACAGUCACAAAGCCUGAAGUGACCACAAUUCAUAAAAUCAUUAGGAGGAAAAUAAUUAAGAAUAUUAUUAUAAUUGAUGGUAAACCAGUAGAAACAGAGGAAAUCAUAGAAGAGCCAGAAGAAAUUACUGAGGAAGUGACUCAAGGUCAUCCUUCUGAGUUUGUGAUUACUGAGACAGUCACAAAGCCUGAAGUGACCACAAUUCAUAAAAUCAUUAGGAGGAAAAUAAUUAAGAAAAUUAUUAUAAUUGAUGGUAAACCAGUAGAAACGGAGGAAAUUGUAGAAGAACCAGAAGAGAUUACUGAGGAAUUGUUACAAGGUCUGCCAGCUGACUCUGUAAUUUGUGAGGCAAUCACAGAGCCUGAGGUGACCACUUCUCACAAAAUCACCAGAAAAAGAAUAAUAAAGAAGAUUAUUAUGAUUGAUGGUAAACCAAUAGAGACAGAGGAAGUAGUGGAAGACCCUGAAGAUAUUUGGAUGGCAGCCAGUACAAAGAGUAAUCGGAAUGAUGUGUCAAAUGAAAUGGUGGUGCUUGAACCUAAAUGUUUAUCUGUCGAGGAUAAUGCCUUAUCUUCGAGUGAAGACGUAGUGAACAUAGUUAAUAGGAAUGUGACAACUGAAGGAAAACAUGUUGCAAUAGAUUUAUUUACUCAUGGACAAGAUGAAGCCGUGGAAAAAAUCCCCUCUGCACAUAUGGAGAAGAUACAUAUAAGUGACACUGCACAUGAGGAUGUAUUAUCAGCAAAACCCACCUUUGCUUUGCCUUUGCCAGACCAUGCUAAUGACUGGAUGGAAUUAAUAGAGGGAGGGGGCUUUACACUUGAAGAUGAAGAUGUGUCAGUAUGUUCUACUUCUUUACAAAGUGAGUCAUCUGGAAUUAUUCCAAAAGGUAUCCCAGAAGAAACAUUAAAAGAGAAAGAAACGCAAGAAAUUGUGUCUGUGACAUCUGACACUAGCAUUACUAGCGUUGAAAAUACUGUUCAUUGUUCCUCUGAUGAUACUGAAGAGGUUGAUACCCAUUCUCUUGAAAAAGUUGAUACUAAACCUGCAUUUGGGUUAAUAUUGCCUGAUCAUGCCAAUGAUUGGUUAGAAAUCCUUGAGGAAGGAGGCUUUACACUUGAGGAUGAAGAUGAAUCUGCUCAGGCACCAACCCUGUGUGAGACAACUUCAGGUGUUUGCAUUUCCAGGCUAGCUACAGAAACUAAGGAACUUUCCCAAAAGAUUGAGUCUCCUGAUCAUGCUAAUGACUGGAUGGAAAUUAACAAGGAAGGUAGCUUUACACUGAAUCAUAUAGAGGAACAUGAAGGAAUCACACCUCAGAUUUCCCCAAAAGUUACAACUAAUAUGGCUGUCAGUCCAGGAGAAGUGAAUAAUGAAAGUCAACCAGCAAGUGAUCAUAAAGUGGAAGUUACCUCAGCUAAUGCUGAAAAGGAAAUAGAGCAGCAAAUUAAGCAAGAGCUAGAUACUUGCAAGAAACUGGAAUCAUCCAAACCAUUUGGCCUUCCUCUUCCUGAUCAUGCAGAUGACUGGCUACAGAUAAUAGAGGAAGGUGGGUUCACACUUGAUGAUGAAGAUGAGGAACCCAUUAUUGAGAAAUCUGAUCAACCAUCUGAACAUGGCACAGACAUUUACCCUACCACAACCACCAUUAUAAGUGAAAAUGUAGAUUCAGUUCCUGUUUCUCAAGUGAUACAGCCUGUCUUUGGGCUCCCAAUUCCUGAUCAUGCUAAUGAUUUCAUGGAAAUAAUUGAAAGUGGAGGUUUUACUCUUGAUUCAGAAUCUGAUGAGGAAAAGCCCUCAGAAGUAACUGUGGAAAAUCCAGCAGCUGCAUUGAAGACUGAGGUAACCUUGGAAAUGGAUGUUAAUACCAAAUCAUACUCAGCACUCAUGACGCCUGAAAAUUUUGUAAAUAUAAAUCCAACUGACAUUUCUAAAGAGAAUAUCAGUCAAGUAGGAGUACAAGAGAGAAGUGAACCUGGAAAUGUUGACCUGGCUAAUUUAGAAACAGAAUCACAGAAGCCAAAGCCACAGGAUGGUGAAACAUUUUCUUAUGCAACUGCUUUGGCACAUGGCAAAUCUGUUGUCACAAAGGAACCCGAAGAAGAACCCAAGAAGCCUUAUCAUCAUCGGGUUCCAGUUACAUGUUUAGAAGAAGAACAUAUAAAAGAGUCUCCCCAUGCAGAACGAAAGAAAGACUCUGAUGGCUUUGAAGAAAUUCUCUCUAAGAAGAAGCGACGUCGCAAGAAGAUGGGCAGUGAAUCAGAACAAGAGAUGAACUUCACUGAGCAUGUAGGAGUUGAAGAUUUUGCCAAGAUCGAAAAUGAAGUAUCUAUAAGUCAACCACAACCUGAGUCUGGAAAAGUAUCUAAAAAAAAUAUUUCGGAGAGUGUAAGUGAAUAUACCAAGAAGGAAAAUAUUGAAAUGCCUUCUGAGGAAAUUACUAGUAAGAAUACAAAAGAAGUAAAAUCCAAUAAUGAACAAGGUAUUCAAAUAAAGCAGUCUGAGAAACCUGAUAAACUUGAGAAAAAGAAGAAGAAGAAAAAAGCCAAGGCAAAAGAUGAUGAUGAUGAGAUUGAAAUUUCAAUAAUUGAAAAAGAAAAGACCUCAAACAAGGAAAAAAGAGGAAAUGUUGAGGUGACCAGCAUUGUUGAGACAGAUUUUGCAAAUGUGAUAAUGGAAACAUCAAUGGAACAAGUGGAGCCUGAGACCUCAGUAAAGGAGAAGAGUGAUUCUUGUCAUGAAAUUACAGAACAGACUACAGAAUCAGAUAUUGCUGUGGUGCAGCUUCACAUAAAUGAGCCUGUUGAGACUAAAAUGCCAUUGACCAAAGCCAUUUUGCCAGAUGAAGUAGAAGUUUCCAAACCAUCAUUGGUAGGAGAUUCUGACGGCUUUAUGACCUCCUUGCUUUCGGUUAAUCCAGUGAGCCCUCGGCCAACCAGUCCUCAUAUUCCCAUCGAUGAUCCCAACGAUAUUAUUCUGACUCCUCAGUGGAUGCGACAGAGACCAAUAACUCGCACUUCAAGUACAGAGGAAAAAAUUAAAACUCCGCUUGAAGAGCGAAAACAACUAUUUAAGACCAAAAGUGCACCUCUUGAGGGUACUUCCUUUGCUGUCACUGAUUCAGGUUAUGAACGAUCCUUAAGUAGCACUAUUCCUAGCAUGGCACAGAGUAGACUCUUACAGUCUAUGGAAAAUGAUUCCUUGAAAACAUCUGUAAGUAUGCUUCCAUUGGUUCCUGGGGAAGAAUAUUACAAGAAUAAGAAGAAGAGGCCAAAGAAAGGCAAGGGUAAAAAAAGUGAUGAUGAUAAAGAUGGUGAAACUAAGGAUAGACAUAUUGAUAAUGUAGAUGCACCAAAAGAACUAGAAGAGUUAGAAUCUAAGGAAGCAUCAUAUUUACCAAAGACAGAUAAUCAGGAGCUUCAAGAAGAUUUGCCCAACUUCACACAGAGUAAAGAUGAGACUGAUAUAGAAAAAGAGAAGGAACUUUUAGAUUCAGAAAUUAAUAUCCAAGAAGACUCUUUUGUGAAAGAAAGUGAAAUUCAUAAACAAAUAGAAGAGGAAAUUUUGAAUAUAAGUACUGAUGGAAAAGAACCUCAAGUUGAAACCACUGAAGUGGUAGCUAGCAUUUACUCCAAGUUACAAGAGGAAGAAACGUCCUUAAAAGAGGAAAUUCAGCAGGAACCUUUGAAAGAGUAUGAAGUUGUUCAUCACCCGAAUGAAGAAAUGGCAGUGGAUAAUACAGAACCCCAAGAAAUGACUUCAUCAGAAACAGAUAGCUACAUUAAAUUUGAAAAUGAAAUUGACCAAAAUGAAUUUUGCAUGGAAUCCUUUGUGCUGGAAGAGGAGAAGGUUGAAAAACAGGAGGAACCAACUAACAGGGCUGAGCCACUAGGAUUACAAAAAGUUGUGCCAAAUAUUGAAGAAGCUCUUCAUGAAGCUAUGACAUCUGAAUUAGUUGCUCCUAAUGGAGACUCGCCUAUUUUAGAGUUUGCUUUACCUUUGCCUAAACAUGUGAAUGACUGGAUGGAUAUUAUUAAAGAAGGUGGAUUUACUCUUGAAGAUGAAGAUGAGCAUCUUGUUGAAGCUGCUUCAACUGAAGAUACUCCCUCAGAUCAGGCAACUGUAACUGUAGAGAACUGUUCCUUUAUUACAACGACUACUGAAGAUAAGUCACUAGACUCACUGGAAGGCACACCAGAAGAAGGUAAGAUCAGUGUGCCUUCUGAUACAGAUCCUGUGGUUGGCACCUGUCAUGAGCCUCAAUCAGAUGAUGAUUCUGGAGUUAGUUUUGCAGGAGCAUCAGAAUAUUCAGAAUCUCUAGAGCCCUAUCAAUCAAAAACAUACGCAAGUAUUCUCAUUCAUACCCCUGCUGUUGUUGUAGAAAAACCACCUGAAACACCUAAAAAACCAUAUGUUUUCCAUAACCCUACUGUUGUGCAAAAGGAAGAAACUACUAAAGAGAGUACAAAGUCAGCUGCUGAGGUAGAUGAAGAAGGGUUCACAGAAUUUGUGUCCAAGAGGGAAAGGUACAGGAGAACAACUCACAGCACAUCUGCUGUUACAGAUGAAAUUGAGCAAGCUUUAAAAGCUGUUGUGGAAGAAGGCAGCAAAAAAGAGACCAUGAAAAUUACAAAAGAAGAUAUAAUGCAGGUGAUGAGUGCAGAUAUAGAGGAGAUAGAAAGUGAAGGUGAAAGCAGCUUUCUUGAAGUGCUAAGGCCUAAAAGAAGUAAAUCAAAACAAAGAUCAAGAUCAAAGAGGUCAUCUAAAAUAACAGAUUCAGAACAAGAAAUAGAUCAGAUAGUGGCAGCAAUUGAAAGGGGAGAAACACCUCCAAAACCAAAAGAUGUAAUAGAGUAUGAGCAUAAACUCUUUGCUGCCUUUUACCUUGGUUCUGAAUUGUGGUAUGAUGUGUUUGGUAUCCGUGAUGCAGAAACACAUUACCACAAGUAUCUUUUUAAUAAAUCUAACAAGGAAAUUAAUCCAAGUAAUCUUUCUUCCAUUGUUGACUCUGAGGAAAAUAAAGACCAGCUAAGCACAGAACAAUUGGCAUCUCAAGUCACUGAAGAAAGUCAGUUAUUACAAGGGACAAAAGCUCAAACCAUUAAAGUUCCAAAGAAUUUAGAGGUGAUACCUUUAGCUGUAGAUGCAAUAUCAGCAACAAAAGUCCCUGAGUCAGAGGUAACCGAAGUGACCUCUCUUCCAAUAGAAUCAGUAUGUGAAACUUUAGAAAUAACUCCAACAUUAAGACAGACUUCAUAUACAGAGGAAGAAAUUAAUCCAAAGCCAUUAUUAGAUUCAAUCCCUCAUCUUGAAGAGGCUUUCCCGGUUCAUUUGCUACCUGCUGAUCUUGAGUCUACAAAAUAUGACAUGAAAGCUAUUGUGGAAUCUGAAACCAGAUAUUAUGAAUAUCUUGCAAAGCAGCAAAUUGCAUUUCCUCACACAGAUGACAAUAAAAGUGAUUCAGAUAGAAAACUGAUUGCUGAAGUAAAUGAUUCUUCACUCACAAAACAUCAGGAUGUGGAAACUAGCAAAACUGUAAUAGAUACCAGUCAAAUCACUAAAGAUGAAACUGUAAUACUCAAGAGUCCUGUAAAAGAGAAUAUUGUGAUAGAUGAGAGUGAUGUACUUGAAGAUAAAAUUGUGAUGGAUGAGAGUAGAGUGGAUGAAGCAGUAACAGCACAACCAUCCUUAGUGGUCAAUACAUGUAUACCUAAGAACAAGUCUAUGUCAUUGAUCGAGGAGGUAGAAACACGCCAUACAGAGCAUUUGAUGCAAACAGAUAUACUUGAUAAGAGUGGAGAUAAUAUAUGUUUUUCUGAGGAACUACCACAACACACAUCAACAUCUGAAGGUGUCCUGCACCAUGAAAUGGUCAAUUAUAACAUGUCAGAGAUUCUACGGGCUGAGACACAGUACCAAGAGUACAUGGUACAGUUGAAAAAGCCAAUAGAAACUGACAACAACAUUGAACUUCCUGAAACAAAGCCACAAGAAACAUUAGUAACAAUUGAAGAUGCAGUGCAACCUGAAAAGGCUUCUGAUAAUGUUUCAGAAAUUCUUCCAACUGAGUCACAGUAUCCAGAGAUCGUGGUGCAGCCAGGAAAGCUAACUGAAUCUGAAGUCAACGUUGAUCUUCCAGGAACAGAGUCACAACAGACACAAGUAACAACUAAAGAUGUACUGCAGCCUGAAGAGACUUUUGAUAAAUUUUCAGAAAUUCUUCCAACUGCAACAGAUUACCAGGAGGUCUUAGUGCAGUCAGAAAAGCCAACAGAAACUGACAACAAUGGUAUGUCAGAAGUGCAUCCACAGCAAACAUCAGCAACAACAAAAGAGGUAUUGCAACAUGAAAAGAUCACUUAUAAUGUUUCAGAAAUAAUUCAAGCUGAAACACAGUACCAAGAGUACUUGGUGAAAGCAGAAAAGUCAGCCGAGACCAAAAACAGCAAUGGUCUUCUUGAACCUGAGCCACAACAGUUACCAGUAACACCUGAAGACAACAUUAGUGUUCUUGAAGCAGAGCCGCAACAAUUACCAGUAGCAACUAAAGACAACAGUAGUGUUCUUGAAGCAGAGCUACAGCAGAUACCAGUAACAACUGAAGACAACAUUAGUGUUCUUGAAGCAGAGCCACAACAGUUACCAGUAACAACCAAAGACAACAUUAGUGUUCUUGAAGCAGAGCCACAACAGUUACCAGUAACAACUGAAGACAACAUUAGUGUUCUUGAAGCAGAACCACAACAGUUACCAGUAACAACCAAAGACAACAUUAGUGUUCUUGAAGCAGAGCCACAACAGUUACCAGUAACAACUGAAGACAACGUUAGUGUUCUUGAAGCAGAGCCACAACAGUUACCAGUAACAACUGAAGACAACAUUAGUGUUCUUGAAGCAGAGCCACAACAGUUACCAGUAACAGCUGAAGACAACAUUAGUGUUCUUGAAGCAGAGCCACAACAGUUACCAGUAACAGCUGAAGACAACAUUAGUGUUCUUGAAGCAGAGCCACAACAGUUACCAGUAACAACUGAAGACAACAUUAGUGUUCUUGAAACCGAGCCGCAACAGUUACCAGUAACAGCUGAAGAGAAAAUUAGUGUUCCUGAAGCAGAGCCACAACAGAUACCAGUAACAGCUGAAGAGAACAUUAGUGUUCUUGAAGCAGAGCCGCAACAGAUUCCAAUAACAACUGAAGACAACAUUAGUGUUCUUGAAACAGAGCCACAACAUACACCAGUGUCAGCUACAACUAUGCUGCACUCUGAAAUGGUUACUAAUAAUACUUCAAAAAUUCUCCAAGUACAAUCAGAAAACUUAGCAAAACCUGAAGAUAAUAUUGGUUUGUUUGAAACAGAUACAAAACAGACAUCAGUAGCAACUGGAGAUGUACUGCAACUGGAAAAAGUUAUUGACAGUAUUGUAGAAAAUCUUGAAGCUGGAACACAGCAUGAUGAACAUUUGAUACAGGGAGAAAAGUCAGUGGAGAGUGAAAAUAGUAUUGGUACAGCUGAAAUGCAAGUACAGCCGACAUCAUCUCCAGGUGAAAAGACAUUGCUGCCAGUAAUGAAUACCUAUAAUGUUACAGAAAUUCUGCAGGCUGAGACACAGUAUCAAGAAUCAUUGGCACAGUCGGGAAAAUCCGUUGAGACUGAGGGAAUGACUACUUAUAAUGUUGCAGAAAUACUGCAGGCUGAGAGACAGUAUCAAGAAUCAUUGGCACAGUCAGAAAAAUCAGUUGAGACUGAGGGAAUGACUACUUAUAAUGUUGCAGAAAUACUGCAGGCUGAGACACAGUAUCAAGAAUCAUUGGCACAGUCAGAAAAACCAGUUGAGACUGAGGGAAUGACUACUUAUAAUGUUGCAGAAAUACUGCAGGCUGAAACACAGUAUCAAGAAUCAUUGGCACAGUCAGGAAAAUCAUUUGAGACUGAAGACAUUGGCCUUAUGCCUGAACUUUACCCACAACGGUCAUCGUUAACAUCAAAAGAAUUAUUGCAGCCUGAAAAGACCACUUACAAUAUUGCAGAAAUCCUUCAUGCAGAGACAGAGUACCAAGAGUUCUUGGCACAGUCAGAAAAGUCUGCUGAGACUGAAGUCAGUGAUGUUAUGCCUGAACUUCAUCCACAACAGACAUCAGCAGUAACUAAUUAUAUGGUGCAUCCUGAAAAGUUCACUUAUAACAUUCCAGAAAUUUUUGAAGCUGAGACACAGUUCCAGGAGUACUUGGUACACUCAAAAAAUGUAAUUGAAAUAGAGCCACAACAGUUACCAGUAGCAACUACAGAUAUAUUGCAAGCAGACAAGCCAGCAGAGACUGAAGACAACAUUGGUCUGCCUGAAGUAGAGCCACAACAGUUACCAGUAACAGCUACAGAUGUAUUGCAAGCAGACAAGCUAGCAGAGACUGGAGACAACAUUGGUCUGCCUGAAGUAGAGCCACAACAGUUACCAGUAACAACUACAGAUGUAUUGCAAGCAGACAAGCCAGCAGAGACUGAAGACAACAUUGGUCUGCUUGAAGUAGAGCCACAACAGUUACCAGUAACAGCUACAGAUGUAUUGCAAGCAGACAAGCCAGCAGAGACUGGAGACAACAUUGGUCUGCCUGAAGUAGAGCCACAACAGUUACCAGUAACAACUACAGAUGUAUUGCAAGCAGACAAGCCAGCAGAUACUGAAGACAACAUUGGUCUGCUUGAAGUAGAGCCCAAACAGUUCCCAGUAACAGCUACAGAUGUAUUGCAAGCAGACAAGCCAGCAGAGACUGGAGACAACAUUGGUCUGCCUGAAGUAGAGCCACAACAGUUACCAGUAACAACUACAGAUGUAAUGCAAGCAGACAAGCCAGCAGAUACUGAAGACAACAUUGGUCUGCUUGAAGUAGAGCCACAACAGUUACCAGUAUCAGCUACAGAUGUAUUGCAAGCAGACAAGCCAGCAGAGACUGGAGACAACAUUGUUCUACCUGAAGUAGAGCCACAGUACCCUCCAAUAACACCCGAAGAUAUGCUGGAACCUGAGAAGACCAGUUAUGACAUAAUGAUUUCACAGACUGUUACAGAUGUACUACAAGAUAAGAGUGUUGCUGACAUGUCAGACUUUCUGCAGACAGAAACAAAGCACCAAGAGUCCUUGGUUCAGUUAGAAAUGAUAGCUAUGAAUGCAGGACAUCCUGAAGUAGAUUCACAAAUACCAGCUCCACCUAUAGAUGCUUUAAAGAGUAAAGAACAAACACCUAACAUGCAGGACAUUAAACAAGAUGAAGCAAAGUAUCAAGAACAUUCGAUACAGUUGCAGCAAGUCUGUGAAAAUACCAGCCUGCCACAAGAAUUGCACAUCACAAAAGAAGAUUCAAGACAAGGGGUUCCCAUUUCUUCAGCUUUAAUAACUCCUGAGACAUCCUCAGUAAUGAGUUAUGACAUACCUUCAAUCCAGAUGGCUGAGACGAAAUAUCAGGAAUACUUAGCACGAGCUGAGGAUAGAUCUUCGUGGGCUAAUGUUGUUGCUCAUGGUAAGCCAUUGGUUAUAGAACAAGAGGAAAAGGCACCGCAGGAUGAUAGAUCCUUUAUACUGUACCAAACCAAGACAGUCAAGGUUGUAGUUACAGAUGAAGAAGUUUCUAAACCAUUGGUACCUCAGUCAAAAGAUGAAGAAGGAUUUACUGAAUUUUUGUCAAAACAGGAACGGCGCCGUCGACUGCGUUCAUCUUGCUCUGAAGAGCCUGAAGAUGUUAUAAAGGAUAUUGUGCCUUAUGUACCAAGAAUAGAGUUGCCUGAAGUAGAAAUUGUAGAAGAAACAGAACCAGCAGAAUUGAAAGGAAAUAAAGAGGACCAUUCAGAAACAGAAUUAGUUAAUGAAGAAAGUAUGGUUGAAACAGUUGAAAUAACAGUGAGAUCUAAGAGACGUUCAGAUAGUCACCGAAAAAGUCAGCAUCACCGUAUAUCAGAAACGGAAAAGGAAGUGAAUGAAAUUCUCCGUCAGAUGGGUCGUGAGGAGGUAUUGCAAAAAUAUGCUGUCCAUGAAUCUGUCUGGAAUGAUAAGUGGUUAGCAGAAGAGAGUGAGCGGAAGUAUCAUGAAAUGUUAGCUAAGAUUCCUGAGAAAGUCUUGGAGCCAUUACUUGCAAGUCACACAGAAACUCAAGAAACUGUUUAUGAGCAUCAGAAUUCAUACCAAUUAGAUGUGUUAGAAAGACUGACAAAAGAAGAGUGCAUUGUUCCCAGCCUUGUAACAACUCCCAACACCUUGUGUGCCUCUCCUCCAGUGUCUGUUCAUGUUACUAGUAAUUAUCCCAUUCAUGAACUAACCUCAUCCUUCUCAUAUGACAUUGCUGCAAUUAACGAUGCUGAAGCCAGAUAUUAUGAAUGCCGUGCACAGUUUGUUCAUAAACCCAGUGAAGAAAAGGCUUCAAGAGAAGAAAUUGGAAUUAGUGAAAAUGAAGCAGAAUUUAUAGAUCAGAAUAAUAAAAUAUUUGAAAGUUCUUUACUACAGGAGCCUUCUCAUGAUAGCACAUUGACACCAACUGAAGUAUGCCAACAAACAUUGUUAAUAAGUAAUAACUUUCUUAGUGAUACAGAGAGAUAUGAACACACUGCUAGCCAGGAGCCUGAAGCAGAUUGUAAGGAAUAUUUACUCAAGUCAGAUAAGUUUGAACAUUUAAAAGAUGAGGUAGUAAUGUCACCAGAAGCUAUAGUAAAUACUCAAACUGAAUUAAAUAUGGAAUCUUUGAUACCUAUGCCUUCUGAAACUUCAACAGUAAUGAGUUAUGAUGUGACUGCUGUUCAGAAGGCUCAGAGUGAUGAUCAGGAACAUCUUGCAGAAAUUGAAGAUGCUGCUUCUUGGGCUAAUGUUGUGGCUCAUGGAAGGACAAUAAUCAAGAAACAAGAGCAAGAGACACCCACAGAUGACAAAUCCUUCAUCCUGUAUCAUACCAAAACAGUCAAGGUUGUAGUCACAGAUGAAGAAGCUUCCAAACCACAGGUGCCUUUGUCAACAGAUGAGGAAGGUUUUACUGAAUUUGUGUCUAAACAAGAGCGUCGUCGUCGAUUACGGUCGUCAUGUUCUGAAGAACCUGAUGAUAGUGUGAAAGAUAUUGUGCCUUAUGUACCAAGAAUAGAGUUACCAGAAGUUAAAAUUGUAAGAGAAUCAGAAGACAUCACAUCAGAAUCACAUUCUUUAACAGAGGAAGAAGACACAGAAAUUAAAAAGGAGGAAUACGUACAUAAAAAACCCGAGCAGAUGCGUAAAUUCAUCAGGGAAAAGCAUCAUAAGCGUAACCGUUCUCGGGUUUCUGAAGCAGAGCAAGAAGUGAAUGAAAUUCUUCGUCAAAUGGAUCGUGAAGAAGUUCUUCGCAAGAAUGCCUCUCAUGAUUUCUUCGUGUGUAACCAGUGGAUGUACAACGAUGCAGAGAAGAGCUACUUUGAAAUGUUAGCCAAGCUCAAGAAAGCUAAUGUUGAUCUGGUGAGUGAACUUUUGGAGAAGGGUGAUGAUGAUGAUAGAAACGAUGACAGUGAUGCCUCUGGCUCAUCUCAUGGGCCUCCACCAACUUAUGACAAUAAAGGUGGUUGCCCAGCGAGAACGUACCAGACUGAAGUCAUGCAGGCUGACCUCCCACAUGGUUUAGCAAACUGGACUGAUGAGAGCACAUAUCUUUCUUUAACCCCCAAUCUCCUAGACCAAGUCACUAUUACUAGUUCCCCAAGCACUAAUAUGACCCAUACUCAACUGACUGACAGAUUGACCAUGACACAGACAGGAGACUCCACUAGUAAUACUACUAUGACUGUAAUCAGCGAGAAGGCAGCUUUCCUGCAGGCCCCUUGUCAAGCCAAUACGACACUCGCCCAGCACAGAGAGCAAAAGGAGGAAUCCAAGAAGAAAGUUUCCAGAGUGCAACAAAAACUUGAGAGCUUCCAAGAAAGAAUCAAAGCUCUUGUGGAUUAUACUAUUGUUGAACAGUUAACUACCAUACAGACACUUAUAAUCGAGAUGCACCAAAUUGAGGAUGAAUUGAAUCGUCUAGAAGAUAAAGGAAAAACAAUGGAGCAAGACUCAGAGAUGCUGAAUAUGCAAGCUGCUGUCUCUGGUCUGAGAAUGCGACUAAAAUCCAUGUGCUCCCAAGCAGAAGCCAAGAAAAAGGAAAUUGAGGGAAAACAUAGCGAAACUGAACAACAAAAGUUCCACUUGAUUGAAUACCAGCAACUACUACAAGAUUUGGAGUGCUGGGUAACAGAAACAUUUGCCCAAAUCACUUCAGAAGUUUCACUUGGGUCUGCAGCAGCCAUCCGUGAACAGAUAACUCUAAAUCAGACGAUGCAGCGUGAUUUGUGCCAUCGUGAACAACAACUGGCUGAGCUACGUAGCAAGUGCGAGCGUGUACGAGGUGACUCUCAUAUUGAAUCUUUGGCUCAAGAGAUGAGAGAUCAUCUUACUUUCUUGAGCCAAACCAUUUCAGACACACGCCUAGUACUUCAGAAUCGUCUUCACCAGCUGAAGGAGAUCCUGGUGAAUGAAAUGAUGCGGGAGCAAACUGAGAACCAGGAGCCAAAUAAGGAACGCGAGAGUACAAUUGCUAGUGUAGAAUCAGUUCAGCUUCACCAGUAUCCUAGUGUCAGUGCAGACCAAAUCCAGGAAAGAAAAUUAACUACUACUACUACUACUACAGAAACUACUGUAGAACCAGAGAUUACAACUGUCUCCAAGGUUAUGAGAAGAAGAAUAAUUAAAAAGGUUAUGAUAAUUGAUGGUGUGCCUGUAGAAACAGAGGAAGUUAUUGAAGAACCAAGUGAUGAUGCAAGCAGGCUGGAUGACUCAGAAGCGACAACAACAGUUGUGCGAACCAUUCGUAGGAAGAGCAUUUCAAAAAUCAUUAUGGUUGAUGGUAAACCCAUGGAGGUUAAAGAAGUAGUUGAAGAACCAGAUGUUUCAGAGGAAUUAGUUGAAGGGGAUUCAGUAGACCACAGAAAGAAAAGUACAAGAAAUGUAAUAGAAACUGAAGAAAAGUUUUUGGAUUCAGCAGAAGAAGUCACAGAACCUAUUCAGUUUAUUCAUGAAGUACCAUUCACUACCCAUCAAAACAUUAGAAAAAUAGUGAAAAAGGUUAUGAUGAUUAACGGUAAGCUUGUCGAGGUUGAAGACUUUGAAGAUCCUCGUGAAAUAACACAUGAAAAUUUGCAUGGUUAUCCACCAGCUGAUGAAAAACUCGAUAAAAGUGAAGGUAUACCAAUGGAUUAUGUUAUAGACAAAGAAAUGGUUGAGCCAGAUACUACAUCAACUCAUAAAAUCUUCAGAAAAAGAAUAAUAAAGAAAAUAAAGUUUGUUGAUGGCAAACCUAUUGAAACUGAGGAGGUAGUAGAAGAGCCAGAAGACAUUACUACAGAAGUACUUCAGAGUCAGUCAGAUGACUCUGACAUUACUGAUACAGUCGCAAAACCUGAGGUUACCACUACACACAAAAUUAUUAGAAGGAGAAUAAUAAGGAAGACAAUUAUGAUUGAUGGUGAACCAGUAGAAACAGAGGAAAUAGUAGAGGAACCAGAAGAUGUUACUGAGGAAAUGCUGCAAGAUCUGCCAGCUGACUCUGUAAUUACUGAGACAAUCACAGAACCAAAGGUGACUACUGUUCGUAAAAUUAUUCGAAAAAGAAUAAUUAAAAAGAUUAUUAUUGUUGAUGGUAAACCAGUAGAGACUGAGGAAGUAGUAGAAGAACCAGAAGAGGUUACUGAGGAAAUUCUGCAAGGCUUGCCAACUGACUCUGUAAUUAAUGAGACAAUUACAGAACCUGAGGUGACUACUACACACACAAUUAUUAGAAGGAGAAUAAUUAAGAAGAUAAUUAUGGUUGAUGAUAAACCAGUAGAAACUGAGGAAGUAGUAGAAGAACCAGAAGAGAUCACUGAGGAAAUGCUUCAAGGCUUACCAGCUGACUCUGUAAUUACUGAGACAAUUACAGAACCUGAGGUGACUACUACACACACAAUUAUUAGAAGGAGAAUAAUUAAGAAGAUAAUUAUGGUAGAUGGUAAACCAGUAGAGACUGAGGAAGUAGUAGAAGAACCAGAAGAUAUUACUGAGGAAAUGCUUCAAGGCUUGCCAACUAACUCUUUAAUUACUGAGACACUCACAAAACCUGAGGUAACCACUAUUCACAAAAUUAUCAAAAGAAGAGUAAUUAAGAAGAUUAUUAUGAUUGAUGGUAAACCAGUAGAGACUGAGGAAGUAGUAGAAGAACCAGAAGAGGUUACUGAGGAAAUGCUUCAAGGCUUGCCAACUAACUCUUUAAUUACUGAGACACUCACAAAACCUGAGGUAACCACUAUUCACAAAAUUAUCAAAAGAAGAGUAAUUAAAAAGAUUAUUAUGAUUGAUGGUAAACCAGUAGAGACUGAGGAAGUAGUCGAAGAACCAGAAGAGGUUACUGAGGAAAUGGUACAAGGCUUGCCAGCUGCCUCUGUAAUUACUGAGACAAUCACAGAACCUGAGGUGACUACUACACACACAAUUAUUAGAAGGAGAAUAAUUAAGAAGAUAAUUAUGGUAGAUGGUAAACCAGUAGAGACUGAGGAAGAAUUAGAAGAACCAGAAGAGGUUACCAAGGAAUUUCUGCAAGGCUUGCCAGCUGACUCUGCAAUUACUGAGACAAUCACAGAACCUGAGAUAACUACUACACACACAAUUAUUAGAAGGAGAAUAAUUAAGAAGAUAAUUAUAGUUGAUGGUAAACCAAUAGAAACUGCAGAAGUAGUAGAAGAACCAGAAGAGAUUCCUGAGGAAAUGCUGGAAGGGUUACCAGCUGACUCUGUAAUUACUGAGACAAUCACUGAACCUAAGGUAACCAUUCCUGAUGGUAAACAAGUAGAGACAGAGGAAGUAGAAGUAAUUACUGAGACAGUCACAGAACCUGAGGUAACCACAGCUGAUGGUAAACCAGAAGUUGAGGAAGUAGUAGGUGAACCAGAAGGAGUUACUGAGGAAAUGCCUGAAUGUCUGCCAGCUGACUCUGUAAUUACUGAGAUAAUUGCAGAACCUGAGGUAACUACUGCACACACAGUUAUCAGAAGGAGAAUAAUUAAGAAAAUAAUUAUGGUUGAUGGUAAACCAGUAGAAACUGAGGAAGUAGUAGAAGAACCAGAAGAGAUUCCUGAGGAAAUGCUGGAAGGCUUACCAGCUGACUCUGUAAUUACUGAGACAAUCACUGAACCUAAGGUAACCAUUCCUGAUGGUAAACCAGUAGAGACAGAAGAAGUAGAAGUAAUUACUGAGACAGUCACAGAACCUAAGGUAAUUACUCUUUUUGAUAAACCAGUAGAAACUGAGGAAGUAGUAGAAGAACAAGAAGAGGUUACUGAGGAAUUUCUGCAAGGCUUGCCAGCUGACUCUGUAAUUACUGAGACAUUCACAGAACCUGAGGUGACUACUACACACACAAUUAGAAGGAGAAUAAUUAAGAAGAUAAUUAUGGUUGAUGGUAAACCAGUAGAAACUGAGGAAGUAGUAGAAGAACCAGAAGAGAUUCCUGAGGAAAUGCUACAAGGCUUACCAGCUGACUCUGUAAUUACUGAGACGAUCACUGAACCUGAGGUAACCACUAUUCGUAAAAUUAUUCGAAAAAGAAUAAUUAAAAAGAUUAUUAUUGUUGAUGGUAAACCAGUAGAGACUGAGGAAGUAGUAGAAGAACCAGAAGAGAUCACUGAGGAAAUGCUACAAGGCUUACCAGCUGACUCUGUAAUUACUGAGACGAUCACUGAACCUGAGGUAACCACUAUUCGUAAAAUUAUUCGAAAAAGAAUAAUUAAAAAGAUUAUUAUUGUUGAUGGUAAACCAGUAGAGACUGAGGAAGUAGUUGAAGAACCAGAAGGAGUUACUGAGGAAAUUCUAGAAGCCUUGCCAGCUGACUCUGUAAUUACGGAGAUAAUCACAGAACCUGAGGUGACUACUGCACACACAAUUAUUAGAAGGAGAAUAAUUAAAAAGAUAAUUAUGGUUGAUGGUAAACCAGUGGAGACUGAGGAAGUAGUAGAAGAACCAGAAGAAGUUACUGAGGAAAUUCUUGAAGCUUUGCCAGCUGACUUUGUAAUUACUGACACAAUCACAGAAACUGAGAUAACCACUGCUGAUGGUAAACGAGUAGAAAUUGAGGAAGUAGUAGAAGAACCAGAAGGGGUUACUGAGGAAAUGGUACAAGGCUUGCCAGUUGACACUCUAAUUACUGAGACAAUCUCAGAACCUGAGGUAACUACUAUUCACAAAAUUAUCAAAAGAAGAGUAAUUAAAAAGAUUAUUAUGGUUGAUGGUAAACCAGUAGAGACUGAGGAAGUAGUUGAAGAACCAGAAGAGGUUACUGAGGAAAUGGUACGAGGCUUGCCAGCUGACUCUUGUAAUUACUGA